AUGGCCGUGAAUACCCAGCAAGCCGUGAGUGAUGAAAAUGGGCAUGCACAGUGCUCAAAACAUUUUUUGCGAGGCAACGGAGGAAGGACAGUAUAGAGGUGAGUAUUGUGGGAAAGUUAGCUUAAAAAAAUUAAGAGAAGCUUGCCUUAUGCUCCACCAUUUUGUCACAAUUAUCAAGCGUAGGAAAAAUACAUAAGACAAAAUAGUCCCUAUUUUGUCUUAUGUUUUGAAAGGAAAUAGAGGAGAAAAGAAAAACAGGUUGAGAGCUGUAGUGGUUCUGGUGCUCAGAGUGCCUAUUUAAAACAAAAUUGAACACUAUAGUAAAAUUUAAGUUCUGCAAUAAAAAAAUUGUAAAAAAAAAAAGUAUUCAUAUGAAUAACAGAAGCAACGUGCUGUGUACAAAUAUAAAUCAACCAUGAAUUUUUUUCAGAGCCUUAGAAGAAAAACACUUCUUUUAUAAAAAGUGUCACAUACUCAUUAAAGAACAUUGGCCAUGUCUCUCUUUAUCACUCUUAAUAUGAAAUUAUUGUUUAACCUCUUCACUCACAACCUCUUUUUUUGUUUGAAAAAUCAUAUAUUUGUUUCAAACAUUUAUUUGAAACAUGUGAUGAAUAUAAAAAGCAGAACAAAUAGUGUAGUCCAUUCUGCUUUGCUUUGUGUCUUGCAGAUUGUGACUGCUCACUGAUUUUACUACCUUGGUUAUAAUUUAAAGUAUUUAUAUUACUGUGGAGAUUUUGUGUAUCUAUAUUGAUUGUUCCUGAUGGGUACUAUAAUAUUCAGCACAAAGUGCUUUGAUUUUAACUACAAGUUACUUGAUCUUGUAGCACUGGGAACAAUUUUUGCUACAUUGUUUCUUGAGAUUUUGUAUCAGACUACACGGAUAGAUCUAUUCUGAACGUUAUGUCAUUCUACUGUUUUAUAUUAUGUGAUACAUAUUUUAUACACAUUUUUAUUCUUAGUUGAUUCCUUUCAUAUUUUUUUUAUUAUAUUUAUUGAGCUACUAUUUUUUUAAAAUCAGUUUACCAUUUCCUAUAUUUUCUUGGUCUGUUUGUCAUAUCUAUGCUUAUUUUGUAUUUUUACUGUAUUGUGUUUCACUGUCCCCUCUAAGUAUCAGCUCCUGGUUGUGUGUUCAGUUUUUUACUGGUCAUUUUAGAGUGCCAGGAGAGCCCAGACAUCCUCCCCCUUCCAAUAAUUGGUAAAAUAUUUUGAAAGCGUUUGACAACAUAACGGAAUCUCCUGCUCAGGGUCAAUCCUGGACAUAUAUACAGGAUGCACUGUGCAGGUGCCAGGGAGCUGAGGCAGAAGGGGGGUGCUAGUGGGUUAGUGGGGGGUGGGGGAGAGGCUGACCUGGGCUAGAGCUCUGUGUGGGCCCACAAAAAGCCCAAAGUCUAAAUGUGCCAUCUAUUAUUAUUAGCCCCGAGUGGCCUGUUCUUUGCAUUGCCAGAACAGAUUACAUGGGCAAAUAAUAUACUCAGCAUGCCGCUGUCUGCGCUCUUCUCCUUCCCUCUUACUGUAGUGUGACCAAGCAGCAGCACCUUCCCUCAUCCCAGCCUCAUACUCAGCGUUUAUGCUGGAGGCUGUCAGGAAGGGGGCGGGAUCCACACACAGUGCGGCUAUGAAUAGAGUUGAGGCUGAGCCUUUGCCAGGUAAGUUCCGGUCAUUGAAGGCACUCUGACAAGCUGUUUCUCCUACCGGACCACAAGGGUUCAGGAUUCCCCCAAAGGUAAGCCUUGGGGCUUUUGUCUUUUAAAUUUUAUUAAUGCCCCUUAUCUAGCCCACUAGACCACCUAACCUCCCACUACAGCCUCUAACACCCCACUACAUCCCCCUAACCCCCCAGCUGAAGUGGUAGAGGUUAACACAGUGAGGGAAUUUAAGUAUGCGUGGGAUAGGCAUAAGGCUAUCCUAGAUAUAAGAUAAGACUAGGGACUAAUGGAAGUAUUUAGAAAAUUGGGCAGACUAGAUGGGCCGAAUGGUUCUUAUCUGCCGUCACAUUGUAUGUUUCUACAUUUCUAUUUGUCUCCAUAUACCUAUGUACAGCAAAUAUAGGACCACACUCAUUCCUCAGGGAAGCUCUCUGUGUGUUUCUCUGCUUAGCUCUGGAGGCAAAGGGGAAUAUCCUUGCAGGACAAUCCAAAACCAGACAUUGCAACCGGCAGGACGCAGGUAGGUUGUCAUACUGUUCUUAAAGGGACACUCCAGGCACCCAGACUACUUCUGCCCAUUGGAGUGGUCUGGGUGCCAACUACCCUUAACCCUGCAACUGUAAAUAUUGCAGUUUUCAUAAACUGCAAUAAUUACAUUACAGGGUUAACUCCUCCUCUAGUGGCGGACCCUAAACCACUGCCGAGGGACAUCGGCAGUGGUCUCAGGUAAGUCACUGAAGGGGUUUUCACCCCUUCAGCAACAUGGGAUGGGGGGUGGGAGGGAGAGGGGACCUGCAGUGCCAGGAAAAUAAUUUGUUUUCCUGGCACUGGAAUGUCCCUUUAAAUAGUUUUACCAAUUACUAUGGGAGGGCACCACGGCAUGCCUGGAUGCCUGGUACCAUAAUCACUACAUCAGGCUACAGUAUUUAUGGUGCGUCUAGGAGUAGUUAAAGUAAAAUUUUUCACAAGUAUAAAUAGAAACUACAUGUUCCAGAAACACCUUGUUCUGAGCACAACUGACACUAUGAAUAGAGUGUUGUGUAGUUAGUCAACUCCUCCCUUAAAGGACACUUAAAGGCCCCCACCCUCAGGGUCCCCCUCCCGCCGGGCUCUGGGGAGAGGAAGGGGUUAAACUUACCUCUUUCUCCAGCGCUGGGCGGGGAGCUCUCCUCCUCCUCUCCUCCCUCUUCUCCUCCUCUUCGGCUGAAUGCACAUGCGCGACAGGAGCCGCUCGCGCAUUCAGCCAGUCCAUAGGAAAGCAUUUACAAUGCUUUCCUAUGGACGCUGGCGUCUUCUCACUGUGAAAAUCACAGUGAGAAGCGCGCAAGCGCUUCUAGCGGCUGUCAAGAGACAGCCACUGGAGGCUGGAUUAACCCUAACAUAAACAUAGCAGUUUCUCUGAAACUGCUAUGUUUAUUAAAAAAAAGGGUUAACCCUAGCUGGACCUGGCACCCAGACCACUUCAUUAGGCUGAAAUGGUCUAGGUGCCUAUAGUGGUCUUUUAAUACAUCGAGCAGAAAAAAAAGACAAGUGGUGUAAAAGUGAUAUUGUGUUUUCAGGCGCUUAAAAGAAGAAUAUAUAUAUAUAAAUUACAUGUGAGCUGCUACCACCGAUGUGCAAUUCUCUCACUGAUUAACACAAAAAUGCAAAAUAUAACAGUAGACUGUGUGGUAAAAAUCGACACCAGUCAAAAAGGUGGAGCACUAAGGAGAUGCGUGUGAAUAACUCACCUCCCCCCUCUCCUUUUUGGAUGUAUUAAAACCUAGAUUGAUGAAGCUUACCGGCGAAACGCGUCUCGGACGUCCAGGAGGAUUUUACUUUUACUUUUUAUACUUUUGUUUUAUUGUAUAGAAUAACUUUUACUUUUAUACCUUGCAUCUGGACAUAAGUUGUGUUCCUGACCUUUUCCAUAGAGUUUGGUACCCCCCCAGUGGUACUCAUACUAUUAUACUCAGAGCCAGAGUCACAGGCUCUGAAUCAGGUGAGCAGUUCUGCAUAUUUUACCACUCCAACCACUAUUCACCUGCAUACUAUACUAUGUUUGGCUUCUUCUAUUUUUAAAGGACCCAGAAGUGCUUUUACCCAUUGUUUGGUUUGUGUUACCUGUUAAAAACACACCUGAUCAAGUGAUCUGAGCCUGUCCUAUUAAGGCUCAGCACCAAGUGACUGGUUCUAUAUACCUUCACAUUAUUUUACCACUAUCUCACAGUACUUCACUAUUGCAGUUCCAUUUUAUAUCCCCACCUCUAGGUUUUAAUAUAUCCAAAAAGGAGAGGGGGGAGGUGAGUUAUCCACACGCAUCUCCUUAGCGCUCCACCUUUCGACUGGUGUCGGUUUUUACCACACAGUCUACUGUUAGAAAAAAAAGACAGUCUGACAGAUUUAUAAGUGUGAGAUAUCUAAUGUAUAGCUUAUGACUGUCACAUUUCUAAUCUCAACUAGUUCACAGUCUGCACAUUAACCAUGCAGCAUUGGGAUAAACAUGUCCAACACCUCACACUCCAUAAACCAGAACAAGAGGCUCCUGAUUGGCCAAGUUACUUGCCUAUAAGAGCAGAGCUCAAUACAUUCCUUGCAUGUGCAGUAACCUUUUAUCCUUUUAAUUUUAAUAUUGUUUUUUUGUGUGUAAUUCAUUAAAACAUGCAAAUUUAAAGGUGUUUAAAUUGUGAUUGAAAGUAAGAUGAUAUUCAUGUCUCUUAAAACACUUAUUUUAAUACAAUAGAUGGUGGUUAAUACAAUAGAUGGUGUCUGGGGAGUUGUAGUUUAGCCACAUCUGUAGGGCAGGGGAGGGGGAGCAUGCAUUGAGAUGCCUGCUCCAGGGGCUUUGCUCUUAAAUAGAUUUGAUUAUUAAAUCUAUUUGAUGCCCAGCAUCAGCAUGUAAAGUGUCUCAGCAUGCCGUGUCCUUCCAAUGACUCUCAAAGAGAAGUAUUGAAAUGCAAGCAUUUUGUGUCCACACUCUAUGAGAAGCAUCUGAUUAAACAGAAGUCACCAGUCUUGAUUGCAUCACAGGUGGAGUAUCAGGCUGAUUGUUCCAGCGCUGGAAUAAAGGUAAGUUUUAUGGCCGUUUAAUUAUUUUUUGUUUAAAUGAACAUUCUACAGACCAUAACCACUAUAGCACCUUGUAGUGGUUAUAGUUCCAGGAGUACCCUGAUGUAAUCCUAGUGCAAUCUGUAAAUCUCUUCUAAAUGGUUUGGCAAUUUUCCUGGAUCCCCUGGGCACUUGCUGUGCAUCUGGGCUUCUGCAGGAGACUCUAGAAUAUUCGUAGAAUAUGGAAAAAACCUUGCUAACAGGUGAAACGCAUUAGUGUUUUAUACAGCCUUUUGCUAUAUUGUUUUAUUUUAUUUGUCUCCAAUAAAGAUAGCGAAUUUAAGCUAUUUUGGAGGCUCCCAGCCUAUUCUUUUUAACAUCACAAUUUCAUCAUCAAGAACUUGAGGACUCGCAAGUGAUAUUCUUGGUGGGGAUUAUUCCACCCACACUUCCUAUACUGAGCAAUAUUAUUUUUGCUCCCUGCUUGUGAGUAUACCUCCUCUUUUUUUAUCCUAGUUUUAUUCCAGACCAUACAGAGAGCACUAUAUUGUGUUUUAAUUUUUACACACCGAGGAUACCGGUUUUGGCACUAUUUGACACCAGAACACCCUUACGCCUCUGAGAGUGUACCAGCACCAUCAUUAUAUCCAUAGACGGGAAUUGUACCAUCCAGGCGCAUAUAUCUGGAGCUGAAUAUAAGCUCCAGAAAAUUGUAAGUGCAAAUUUUUCUUUAUUUACCACUAUCAGCGAUUUAACAUACUACACUUUAUCCGUGUCCUCUCCUCUCUCCCCUAUAUUUCACAGAGCUUGAGAAGACUACCACAGGCGCUGCUUCCUGACACUACCUUCCAGUUCGCACAACUAAGCCUAGCAAAUCCAGUACUGAGUGGCUCAUGGCUCACAGCUGGUGCUAUAAGCCAAUGAUCGCAGACCUGAAUUGUCCUGCUUAGUUCAGUGGCGAUAAUUCUGAGAGUACAAUGUGUAAGCAGGGACUGCAGAACAGAGAUAAUUUGACAAAGGUUUCUAAAACUGGGAGGGUGCUGGGAGGGUAUUCUGGGCACCAUACCUACAACAACAGGCAGUAAUGGUAAUGGUACUUGAAGUGUUCCAUUAAAAAGCAGGGUUCUAGCAAUCUAACCAACAUGGGAACCCAUUUAGAAAAAAAAUGUAUUAACUAAAAUAAGUAAAAAAAAAAAUUCAAAAAAUGAUCCUGAGGAAAGUCACGGACGGGGACUGAAACAUUGAUCCACAUUUGAUUUAACCUUUUUUUCAAUAAAACAAUUAAACUUUUAUCAUACAAAGACCGUGAGUGCAAGCCAGUUUAUAUAUAAAGUGUUUAUAUAUAUAUAUAUAUAUAUAUAUAUAUUUAUAUUGUUUACUUAUACAAAAUGCAGAACUAACACCUGGGAAUAUGUUGUGCCCCCCUUGUUUUACAGGAAACAGAAUUCACAACACAGUCAAGCUGUAGUCAAAUAAUUAAAAUAACACUAGGCAUGUUGCAUCAGAAAUAUUACUACAGAAAUAAAUCCUGUUCCACCUCAUCUCAUUUUACUUUUAGUUUCAACUGGAAAUUAUUAGUCUUCAUUCAGCAUCCUGUGCAUUUUCUUUUCUUUCAUUAUUGUAAGCAUGUACUAGAACACAAACUACUCCAUCUCCCACUGUGUAUAAUAUGGACCACUCCCUGGGAUUCAGAUUAGAGCAAUGUUAGAAACGGUGGUUAACAUGAGAAGUCAAGAUAGGGUCAGGUAUUAGACACAUGUUAUUAUUAUUAUUUAUAAAGCGCCAAGAAAUUCUGCAGCACUGUCCAAUAGGUGGACCAACAGACUUUUAUUUGUAACUAGACGAGUUGGACGCGCAAGAACAGAGGGGUUGAGGGCCCUGCUUAAUGAACCAACAUGCUAGAGGUAGUGGGGUAUAGUGACACAAACCAUAAGGGUAAGUGUGGCGGAACCAACCUCGCCACUAUGCACUGGAGAAGCCUGGUUGCCAGCCUCCUGCCAUGUGACUAUGGCCCCUGGGAUGUAUUGCCCUUUAAAGACAUGAUUUGGGCAUAAUGGAUUUGUGUUGUGCUGCUGCUAGCCCUUUUAAGAACCAUCUGGGGACAUACUGUGGAGUUACUGGGUGGCCACCAUUUCCUGUAUCAGAAGCACAUGGUGAGAACAAUGGAUGGCGGCCAUUUUAACUCACAGACACUGUGUGGACUUUUCAACACGGUGCCAUCUCGCCAGUAUUUGUUGCACAGAGACAUCGUGCGGUGGUUUUGGACUAUACAGCAGGGGACACAUUAUACAGUGAUUGUUUUUUAUUUAGCCUGUGUAUGUUCUGCAGAAUCUGCAUUAAACUGUAUUUUCCAAAGUACUGAACGGAUCUGGGUGAAUUUUGGAUAUGUGGUUCACCCAGAUCCCCCAGUUCCAAGGAUAUACUUUUAUGGGGUUAUUGCAUGUUUUGGGGUCCCUGUGAUGUGUUUUAUGAAACUGUAUUUCUCUGGCUGUGAUAAUUAGAUUACCCAUUGUGUUCAGUAAUCAUAUCACAGCCAGAGGGGAGGAUUUUGUGUGGGAGUGUCUGGGUGUAUUGUAUGGAUUGAUUGGCUGUUUUGUAACGCCCUGUGGGCUGUACUAUGUUUGUGGAUUGGGAAUAAAAGAGACUGUAUGUGACAGUACAGGGAGUUCCUGUUUUAACCCUCAAAGUGAAGUGUCGUCUCAUUAUUGGGGGAAGGAUUUAUUGUAUGCUGUUCCAGUUUGACUGCUAGGAGAGUAAACCUAUUCGUAUGGUUCCUAUUCAACUGUCUACAGCAUUCAUAUGCUUGAGAGAAGGUAUACGCUUCUCUGGUUCGGUGAUUGUGGUGUCUGCUGCAGUGCUUGGAGUCCUCAGGAAGCGCUAGGAGCAUCUUUCAACGGAGGUACCCAGUCGGGGUGCCAGGCGAUCUGUUACAUUGGUGGCAAGCGGUGGGAUGGCGUCCUAGUGCGAGGUAAAGCAGCUCGGAGACACAGUUCGUGGAUUUACAAAUUGAGGGCAAUGCUAGUACCCGUACAGCGACCCUAUCUACAAAAGAACUAACUUCAGCAGAUCAAGCAUGGCGUAUGACUACACUCAGGAGGAGUUUGACAGAGAGGUUAAUGAGGUGCUGUCUACCUUUGGACCCAAUCCCCCAGAGAGAGCCGUGCAGCUCGCCAGGAAACUAGUAGGAGAAUACCUGCAAUCUCUAGUAGAUUUGGCCAAAAAGGAGUCCCAGGGAGCCAAAGGUGUUGUCCUUCCUCCCCAGCGGCAGUGUGAGUCCCAGGGAGCCAAAGAUGUCGUCCUUCCUCCCCAGCAGCAGUGUGUACCCCAGGGAGCAGAAGGUGUUGUCCUUCCUCCCCAGCGGCAGUGUGUGUCCCAGGGAGCCAAAGGUGCCGUCCUUCCUCCCCAGCGGCAGUGUGUAUCCCAGGGAGCUGAAGGUGUCGUCCUUCCUCCCCAGCGGCAGUGUGUGUCCCAGGGAGCUGAAGGUGCCGUCCUUCCUCCCCAGCGGCAGUGUGUAUCCCCAGGGAGCUGAAGGUGCCGUCCUUCCUCCCCAGCGGCAGUGUGUACCCAGGGACUGAAGGUGCCGUCCUUCCUCCCCAGCGGCAGUGUGAGUCCCAGGGAGCCAAAGGUGUCGUCCUUCUUUCCCAGUGGCAGUGUGUACCCCAGGGAGCAGGUGGUGUCAUCCUUCCACCCCAGCGGCAGUAUGUAUCCCAGGGAGCUGAAGGUGCCGUACUUCCUCCCCAGCGGCAGUGUGUCCUGCAGGAAGCGGAGACAGUCGGUCUCGCUCCCCAGCAGCAGGACAAUAUAUUAAAAGGGGAGACAGUUGGUCCCCCUCUCCAACAGCAGAGAGUGUUCCAGGGAGAGGAACCAGUUAUCACCUCUCCCCAGCAAGAGGACAAAUUAUUGAAAGGGGAGACAGUCGGUCUCCCCCUUCAACAGCAGAGAGAGUGUCAGGGAGAGGAGCUUGUUAUCGCCUCUCCCCAGCGGCUGAAAGGAUGUAUGGGAGAGGAGCUUGUUACCCCCUCUCCCCAGCGGCAGCUUAGCCCACCAAGGGGAGACAGUAAUCUCCACAACAGUGCAGAUGGGACAGUGGUCUCUGCACAUGCACCACCGGGGGUAGGGACAGUCGGUCCUGUCCCCCAGCAGCAGGACUGUUUAGGCAAAGGGGAGACAGUCUGUCUCCCCCUCCAGCAACCAGGCUCCAACCAGACUACUCCCGUGGUAGUGCUGGCACCAGGACAGAGUACCGCUGGUCUCUGCCCACUCAGCAACCCACCCAGUACGCUUACCAGUCACCCACACAGCCAUGGUGAGGCACCUGGACACGGACAAAGUUCUCCUCUACCCAGGUGUAGUAGCCAGUUAUUGUGGGUGGGCUGUAUUUCUGAUUGUGUUUUGUGGGUGGGCUGCUGGACUAACAAGGGCACUGACCGGCAGGAGGUCAGAUACCCUGUUAGUCUGAUUGGUAAAGGGGAGAAGUGUGGCGGAACCAACCUCGCCACUAUGCACUGGAGAAGCCUGGUUGCCAGCCUCCUGCCAUGUGACUAUGGCCCCUGGGAUGUAUUGCCCUUUAAAGACAUGAUUUGGGCAUAAUGGAUUUGUGUUGUGCUGCUGCUAGCCCUUUUAAGAACCAUCUGGGGACAUACUGUGGAGUUACUGGGUGGCCACCAUUUCCUGUAUCAGAAGCACAUGGUGAGAACAAUGGAUGGCGGCCAUUUUAACUCACAGACACUGUGUGGACUUUUCAACACGGUGCCAUCUCGCCAGUAUUUGUUGCACAGAGACAUCGUGCGGUGGUUUUGGACUAUACAGCAGGGGACACAUUAUACAGUGAUUGUUUUUUAUUUAGCCUGUGUAUGUUCUGCAGAAUCUGCAUUAAACUGCAUUUUCCAAAGUACUGAACGGAUCUGGGUGAAUUUUGGAUAUGUGGUUCACCCAGAUCCCCCAGUUCCAAGGAUAUACUUUUUAUGGGGUUAUUGCAUGUUUUGGGGUCCCUGUGAUGUGUUUUAUGAAACUGUAUUUCUCUGGCUGUGAUAAUUAGAUUACCCAUUGUGUUCAGUAAUCAUAUCACAGCCAGAGGGGAGGAUUUUGUGUGGGAGUGUCUGGGUGUAUUGUAUGGAUUGAUUGGCUGUUUUGUAACGCCCUGUGGGCUGUAUAUGUUUGUGGAUUGGGAAUAAAAGAGACUGUAUGUGACAGUACAGGGAGUUCCUGUUUUAACCCUCAAAGUGAAGUGUCGUCUCAUUAUUGGGGAAGGAUUUAUUGUAUGCUGUUCCAGUUUGACUGCUAGGAGAGUAAACCUAUUCGUAUGGUUCCUAUUCAACUGUCUACAGCAUUCAUAUGCUUGAGAGAAGGUAUACGCUUCUCUGGUUCGGUGAUUGUGGUGUCUGCUGCAGUGCUUGGAGUCCUCAGGAAGCGCUAGGAGCAUCCUUCAACGGAGGUACCCAGUCGGGGUGCCAGGCGAUCUGUUACAGUAAGGGUAGAAAACUAGGAAGCUAGAUGGGUAAAAGGAAAGUUUGUAGUUUGGUGGAGAAUUGCUGAAGGUCAGGACCGUGGACGUUUCUGCAAGACUGAGCUGAGGGUGGUGUAAUUUGGUAUGGUGUAAUUGGUGUAAUUUGGGUACAAGGUAUGCAGAUGUCAAAGGUCAGCAGAUGGUGGUCAGACAAAGGAAAUGUAACAUUAGAGAAAUUAGUACAUUUUAAUGGUGCUCUAAACUGAGAAUUCUUAGUGAUCACUGGAUUAUCCACCCACAGGGCUGCCCUCAGAAAUUUUGGGGUCCCUUACACAGCUCAAGGACCUGAGAUCCCAUUCCACCAUCUUGCAUUAACUUAGUAGUACAGUCAGUGCCAUCCCUGUCCCGCCUGCCAGGAUCUAUUGAGUAUGGGUAUAGGGGAUGUAGCGAGAGUAUAGCUCCACCUCUUGCUCAUUCCCAGCUCCACCUCGUAACCCCCAGUUCCACAGCCAUCUCUCCCCAGCUCCACCUCAUCUCUUCUUUCCAGCUCUUCUCUCCAGCACCAUCUUCCUCUCACUCCCACCCAUUUUCCUUCUCUAGCACCAUCUCCAUCUCCCUCUCACCCAUCGCUUAAUCUCCCUCUCAGCAUAUCUCCAUCUCUUUUUCACCUCCAGCUCCAUUUCUCCUCUCUUGCUCCCUCUCUCCUUUCCAUCUCCCUUUCAUGCCCAGAUCCUUCUCUCCAGCUCCAUCUCUAUUUCAACCCCAUCCUCCUUCUCCUGCUCCAUCUGUUUCUCAACCGAGCUCCAUCUUGUCAGGAAUAACAAGAGAUCCUACACGCAGAAUGUAACAGAAAAGUAACGUAUACUGGACCUUAGAAUGGCCGGACUAACAUCACAAGAACAGAGAGUAAUGAUACACGACCCAAGGUGAGGGAUGCCAGAAAUCAGCCAGAGUACAAGAGCCAAGGUCAAAGGAAUACAGAAGGUAAAAUUGUCAAACACAGCCAAAAGUCAAAAUCCGAGAUAACAAUACAAAGAAAUGCACUAUUGGGACUAAGAAGAAGCACAACAGGGCAAUAAGUCUUUCCCUGAGCCUCCCUUAAGUACUAUGUUACUUGAUCUGGAGUCAUGCGUCCAAAACAUUUGAAUUCAAACGUUUUGGUGUGCCAUGAUGUCAUUAGCGUCAUGACGUCGGCGUGCAUGCGCCACAUCAUAAAAGGGGCGGAGCUACCGUGGCCAAGAAGAGACUCUUUUGGCAUGUCCCCAAUCCCUUGCCUGAAGAUGCCAGCUUUUGGGACAGCCUGAGAUUCUGAGUGUAAUCCCCAUUUGAGAACAAAAGGCUCUCUAGGAUCGGGACACAAAUUGAGAACCCCUGUCAGAGAUUAUUUCUUGUUUUUUAGAGAGACCAUUAUUGGGGAUUUAUACCUUUUUUCGUCAGAUUUGUUAUGGGAGCGACAAUAGAUGAAAAACCUUUGAUGAAUCGUCUAUUGCAGGCUUCCCCAAACUCCGGCCCUCCAGAUGUUGCUGAACUACAACUCCCAUGAUGCUCAGCCUAUCUAUUUCAUUUAUAGAAUCAUGGGAAUUGUAGUUCAGCAACAUCUGGAAGGCCGGAGUUUGGGGAAGCCUGGUCUUUAGUAAUUAGAAAAACCAAUGAAUGUUUGAAUGGCUUUUAGCCCAAUAGGUAGUGGCCAAUGGAGAAUGGAAUCCAAUUUUUUGGGGUCCAUAGUGAAUCCUUUACCGGAGAUUACAUAAUCCAGGAAACCAAUUUCAGACUGGUCAAAAAGACAUUUCUCCAAUUUACGAUAUAAACCAUGUUGUAGCAGUCGAGCCAAUACCUUUCUAACUUGUUUGUGAUGUCUUUCUUUAUCCUUAGAGUAUUGAAAAAUAUCGUAAAGAUACACAAUCAUUUCCUCUCUCAACACAUCAUUUAUAAGACCCCGGAAGACAGCCAGGGCAUUACACAAACUGAAAGGCAUGACAGUGUACUCGUAAUGCCCAUAUCUGGUGUUAAAAGCUGUCUUCCACUCAUCAUCUUUAUGAAUCCUUACAAGAUUAUAAGCUCCUCUUAAGUCAAGUUUAGUAAAGAUUUUGUCUCCCUUCAACCUAUCAAACAAUUUAGUAAUAAGAGGUAUUUGAUAGGCAAGGCCUGAGAUCACCCUCCUUUUUAGACACAAAGAAAAACCCUGCCCCUGCUGGAGAAAAAGAUCUUCUAAAUACGAAAUACUUCCUUGGCAAAGGCAGCAGCCAACUCAGGAGAAGAGGACAACUUGGGUAAAGAAAUGAAGUGCGCCAUUUUGGUGAAUCUAUCAACCACAGUCAAGAUUACCAUAUUUUUGUCCGUAUCCAAGGUUUAUUAUAUUGAGAGGCUGAAGCAAACCACAAGGGAGAGUAUGGGACAAUUUUGUCCUACUACAGACACAGCAUGCCAAGACAUAGUCAUAGAAACAUAGAAACAUAUAAUGUGACGGCAGAUAAGAACCAUUCUGCCCAUCUAGUCUGCCCAAUUUUCUAAAUACUUUCAUUAGUCCCUGGCCUUAUCUUAUAGUUAGGAUUGCCUUAUGCCUAUCCCAUGCAUGCUUAAACUUCUUUACUGUGUUAACCUCUACCACUUCAGCUGGAAGGCUAUUCCAUGCAUCCACUACCCUCUCAGUAAAGUAAUACUUCCUGAUAUUAUUUUAAAAUCUUUGUCCCUCUAAUUUAAGACUAUGUCCUCUUGUUGUGGUAGUUUUUCUUCUUUUAAAUAUAGUCUCCUCCUUUACUGUGUUGAUUCCCUUUAUGCAUUUAAAUGUUUCUAUCAUAUCCCCCCUGUCUCGUCUUUCCUCCAAGCUAUAAAAUGUUGAUAUCUUUACACAAGGACAGCCUCCAAUAUUCUUUAGAAAUUAGAUCAUAUGUUUUACGUAUACAUGGGUGGCCAGCAAUUUUACUAUCAUGGAGGCAAAGGAGUAUCUCUCUCUGGUGUUCUGGUGGAACAUAUAAUCUACCUUCAGGAAUAUUUACAGAAGCUAAGUUUUGCUUAGCAAUGAUACUAGAUAUCAGAGGAGACCGUAUACAAAUACGGGUAUGAGCAAUGAUACGUUGCAAGGGUACUACAGACAUUUUGUUGGUUUCAAGACGCGCUAAAGAUUUGACCUGCCUAGAUAAAGUGUCUGCUGUAGAGCUUUUUGACCCCAGUCUAUAGAUCAAAACAUAGUUAAACCUAUCCAAGAAAAGGGACCGACGAGCUUGUCUAGCUGACAAAUGUUUGGCUUCUCCAAUAUAAGAGAGAUUCUUAUGGCCGGUUAGUAUGGUUAUGGGAUGUAAGGUACCUUCUAAGAGAUGACGCCAUUCUUUCAAGGCCCAAAUAAUAGCAAGGAGUUCCCUAUCACCUAUAUCAUAUCUCCUUUCUGUGUCUGAUAGUUUUUUAGCAUAAAACCCACAAGGAUGAAGAGGUUAAUUAUGGUCUUUUCGCUGUGACAAUACAGCUCCUAAACCAGUUUCAGAUACAUUGACUUCCAAAAGAAAAGGAAGGUUAAGGUCAGGGUGUACAAGUAUAGAAGCAGAAGAGAAAGUGUUUUUAAGUGGUUCAAAAGCUUCAAUAGCUUAGAGAGACCAUUAUUGGGGAUUUAUACCUUUUUUCGUCAGAUUUGUUAUGGGAGCGACAAUAGAUGAAAAACCUUUGAUGAAUCGUCUAUUGCAGGCUUCCCCAAACUCCGGCCCUCCAGAUGUUGCUGAACUACAACUCCCAUGAUGCUCAGCCUAUCUAUUUCAUUUAUAGAAUCAUGGGAAUUGUAGUUCAGCAACAUCUGGAAGGCCGGAGUUUGGGGAAGCCUGGUCUUUAGUAAUUAGAAAAACCAAUGAAUGUUUGAAUGGCUUUUAGCCCAAUAGGUAGUGGCCAAUGGAGAAUGGAAUCCAAUUUUUUGGGGUCCAUAGCGAAUCCUUUACCGGAGAUUACAUAAUCCAGGAAACCAAUUUCAGACUGGUCAAAAAGACAUUUCUCCAAUUUACGAUAUAAACCAUGUUGUAGCAGUCGAGCCAAUACCUUUCUAACUUGUUUGUGAUGUGUUUCUUUAUCCUUAGAGUAUUGAAAAAUAUCGUAAAGAUACACAAUCAUUUCCUCUCUCAACACAUCAUUUAUAAGACCCCGGAAGACAGCCAGGGCAUUACACAAACUGAAAGGCAUGACAGUGUACUCGUAAUGCCCAUAUCUGGUGUUAAAAGCUGUCUUCCACUCAUCAUCUUUAUGAAUCCUUACAAGAUUAUAAGCUCCUCUUAAGUCAAGUUUAGUAAAGAUUUUGUCUCCCUUCAACCUAUCAAACAAUUUAGUAAUAAGAGGUAUUUGAUAGGCAAGGCCUGAGAUCACCCUCCUUUUUAGACACAAAGAAAAACCCUGCCCCUGCUGGAGAAAAAGAUCUUCUAAUAAAACCCUUUUCCAGGUUUUCCAUGAUAUACUCUUCGAACCAUAUUGUCUUUAGCAGAGAGAGGGUAUACUGUGCUUCUAGGAGGCAUGGUUCCAGGAAGUAGGUCAAUGACACAAUCAUAUGUCCUAUGAGGUGGCAACAAUUCAGGUUUACCUUUAUCAAAAACUUCUUUCACCAUUAUAUACUGUUCCGGUAUCUCUGUAGACAAGGGAGACAUAGUAGGAACAUUAAUAAGGUGAAUUGUUGCUUCAAGAAACUAUAUUGUCAACUUCCCGGUCAACAGAAGGAUUGUGUUUCCUUAACCAAAGGAACCCCAACACCACUGGGAAAGUAGGGGAAGUAAUGUGUUGAAAUGUUUUUUAUGUAACACACCCACCAUUAGCAGAAAUGGUAUGGACUCAUGUGUAAUUAUGUGUACCUGGAGUGGUCUACCAUCUAUCAAAGCCAUGGUAUUGACUUUAUUGUUAUCCCAGGUUAGGGUGAUGUUAAUUAGAAGCCUUUGAUCUUUAUGUUUCAUUCUGGAGGACAAAGAAGAAACACCCAAGGCCUGUCCCCCAGAAGGACUUAGGUGCGGGAGUUUUCCGGCCUGUUAGGGAAAUUUAGGCGGAGAUGUCCCCCUUGUAUGCAAUACAGACACAGUCCCUCCCUUCAUCUGUAUUGUCGUUCAGCCUCACUUAAACUAGUCACACCUACUUGUAUAGGUUCAGGUAAAGUAGGUGCCAUGGAGUCAGGAUUAAUAUUACUAAAUACAGGAACCAUACGAAAAGGAUCUCAAGUGUUUUGCAUGUAUCUCAUUCUCUCAUCAAUGUGAGAAAUAAAUGUUAUAAUUUCUUAUAAGUUUUCUGGAUGAUCUCUAGUGACUAUUUAAUUUAAAAUAGCAUCUGAUAGACUGUUAAGGAACACAUCAAAGAAAGCUUGAUUGUUCCAAGCAACUUCAGAAGCUAGAGAUCUAAACUCAAGGGCAUAUUCCAUCAGUUCUGGUUCUGGUUCUUUGCUUAAAGGGAAACUCCAGUGCCAGGAAAACAAUCUGUUUUCCUGGUACUGCAGGUACCCUCUCCCUCCCUCCCCCCAAUCCCCGGUUGCUGAAGGGGUGAAAACCCCUUCAGUGACUUACCAGAGGCAGCGGCGAUGUCCCUCGUUGCUGCUUCUUUCUCCGCACCGCUCCUCUUAGUGAUUGCAUCGACCGGUGGGUGAGACUGAUCCCGGCCACUGGCCGGGGAGACCUUAUGCGCAUGCGUGGCAAUGCUGCGCAUGCUUAUUAACGCUCCCCAUAGGAAAGCAUUGAAAAUGCAUUUCAAUGCUUUCCAAUGGGGAAAUGAGCGACGCUGGAGGUCCUCACACAGCGUGAGGACGUCCAGCGACGCUCUAGCACAGGUUUCCUGUGCUAUGAUCAAGGAAGUGUCCUCGAGUGGACCCACUAGUAGACAGCCACUAGAGGUAGAGUCAACCCUGCAAGGUAAUUAUUGUAGUUUAUAAAAAACUGCAAUAAUUACAGUUGCAGGGUUAAGAGUAGUGGGAUUUGGCACCCGAUGGGUAGAAGUGGUCUGGGUGCCUGGAGUGUCCCUUUAAACCUAAGAAGAGACCUGGCCACAUUGGCCUUCUUACUGGGUGGGUCAAACAUAAGCCUGAAUGCUUCAACAAACGCAGCAUAGUUACCUGGAGUCCUGCUGCUGACUCAGUCUGAUGGGAGUGUGGGUUUGGAGCUUGGCAUCUCCCCCUCGUCUUGUGCUGCCUCCUCCCACUCCUGCUGUGGCUCCUCUCCCUUCUGCGCAGCUCUUCCUGUAGCUGCGAGGAAGAGAUGUGAUCUCACUUCCUCCCACAUGCUGAUGUGAAAGGGGCCUGGUCAGGCUCUUGAAGGGCCCCUUUUCAGAAAUACCCAUAGGGUUACCCUAACAGCACAGGCCACCCGAUGGGCCCCCCUGAGGGUGUGGGCCCUGAUGUGGCCGCAUCGGCUGCACUGGUGGUAGUUCAGUCACUGGUAUUGGCUGCACCCUUCUGAUGGCAGCCCUGUCCACACAGUUAACAUUCAUUCUCAAGAGUAAUUCCCAGAUGUGUUCCUAAUUGGUAAAAAAAGGCUUCAGUCCAAGGUUACAAUUUAUGGUUCUUCCUCAUAAAAUGUCACUCUUUACCAUUCGUAAGUCUAACACAAGACUUUAAAGUGUUUUAUAAAUCAUAUUGUAACAAAAUUCAGAAUUUUAUAUGAGCUUGUUAAACUCCACAAAUGAUAUGUUAACCCAGGCUGACCAGAUGUCCUGGUUUUACUGGUAUAGUUCCAAAUUUUCAUUCAUAUGUCCCAGCAUCCCAAGAAAGUUUUUUGGGAAACACAAAUGUACUUCUGGGCAACCCAGAUAGGAGGCAGACAUUGGGGUUAAACCAUCUGAGAGCAGUUUAACCUAUUAAAGGAAAGAGAGCAUCCCAGGGACCUCCUGGCAUGAUUACAUCUUCAUUAAUGGUCUUACGUGCUCCCAACUUGCGCCGUUACAGUCCAUAAUGAAUGCAGGGGCGAGGCUCAUCGCCUCACCCUUCUGUCAGUCCCUACAUUGGCUUCCUAUAAGAUAUAGAGCUCAAUUUAAAAUUCUGAUUCUUGCUUUCAAAUCUCUACAUAAUGCUGCUCCCACCUAUAUAUCCUCCCUUAUACACAAGUAUGUCCCGUCUAGGCCCUUACGAUCUGCUGAAGACUUACAUCUAUCUUCUGUCCAUAUUCCCACUUCUGAUGCUCGCCUUCAAGAUUUCUCAAGGGCUGCACCGUUCCUGUGGAACUCGCUUCCCUCCUCUGUUAGAUGCUCACCCAGUCUCCACUCCUUCAGAAAAUCAUUAAAAACCCACUUCUUCAUAAAAGCGUAUCACUAAAACUGUUAAUAGCUCCUGACUGAUUCCUCUGCAACUGUCCCUAGUCUAAUACUAUCCUAACCUUUUGUGUAAUUUUACCCCACUCCCUCUAGCAUGUAAGCUCAUUGAGCAGGGCCCUCAACCCUCUGUUCCUGAGUGUCCAACUUGUCUGGUUUACUUCUACAUGUCUGUUUGUCCACCCAUUGUAAAGCGCUGCGGAAUUUGAUGGUGCUAUAUAAAUAACAUACUAAUAAUAAUAAUAAUUACGUUGAAGUUGUUAUGGUGACCAAAAUAUUCCUUUAAUUUGCUUAAAGGGACAUUCUAGUGCCUGGAAUACAAACAUGCUGUUUAGGUCUCCUGCCCCCCCGUUAUAAAAGGUGUUCUUUCUCACCUUCUUUUCAGCGCCGCACCGAUCUCGCUACGACUCACCCUGCUUCGCCUCCUUGGGUGUCCCGGUUUUUUAUUUCCAAAAUCUGGUCGCCCUGUAUUCCCCAAGUCAUGCUAUUAAUCCUUCAACCCACAGCAUACUACACCCACAGCAAUAUCCCAACACCAUACUUUAUAAUUACCUCCAAAUAUGAUACACUAAAGUGUCACUGUCACUCUGUUAUAUAACUGGAGGUGUCAUUUCUUUCUCAGUAUUACAGGGACUCUGGGCUAACAAUAAAAUGGUGCCAACAUUUUGAAGGCCCCACAGGGGGUCCAGCCCCUGUCACCACCCCCAAUACCCCCACCAAGACUCUGUUAACUCCUAUUAUUUACAGCCAUCAAUUAAGCGACCAUCUACAGGAGUAGCCCCCAACUGUCUCAAGGCUUAUUAACUGCAUGGUAACUCUUCCAUUCACCAUUGAUGGCAUUUUGCAUGGGCCAAAUCCCAUCAUUCUCAGCCAUCAGUAAGGAAACUAUCCAAAGUGAAUUUCGAAUUUAAGGCCAGAGUAGCUGAACUGAACUUUUUCAAAUUCGGUUAUUUUGACCUUAAAUUUAAAAUUUACACAAUUUUACCUUGAAUUCUCACUUUUUAGUAAAUAAUCCCCUUCAAGUCAGUUUUACUUUCCACUCAGCGACUCUAGCCUUUGUGAAAUUCAGGUUGAAUUCUCUGUUUUGUGAAUAACCCUGUCAGUGUGUUAUAGUUUGACCAGCAUUUAGAAUAUACCUGCUAACUUGACUUAAAAAACUUCUAUCACACUCAGCCAUCCGCUGGCCCUAUGCACUAGGCUAAUUCCCCUAAUUUCCAUCACCAGAGAGUGCUGGGUGUGACAACUCAUAUCGCACCCAGCCACCAAGCGACUGCCAGCUGGGUGUAAACUGUAUAAUACUAUUAAAUCACAAUUAGUUUUCUGUUUAGAUUAUGUUUUUGUCUCUAUCUUUACCAGCCAUUUUAUACUGUCUGAUAACUCCACUAGCUUUUUAGCAUUUCAAAAUCUGUCUGAUGCUUUGACUCAUGUGGGAUCCAGGAUGAUAAAUCUAAGCUUGCCAAGGCUUGUAGUGGAGGUGGGUCCCCUCCUAGACACAGAGUCUCCACCCACCCAUUCUUCUUCUUAACCCUGCACUCCUACAACAUGUGCACAGUCGUCAUCACACACGGUACACACAACAGGCGUGCUCUUUGAUAGAAGCAACCACCAGCUUGUACACACCAGGACUCCCCAUCAUCAUCACCUGCUGUCCCCAAUGAGGUAAGAUUAAUGACAUGCAUGCUCUCGUCCGCUGGCUAUAGAACAAAGCAUAUUGAGAGCAGAAGGCAAGGCUGGUGUGCGAUGAUGCGUUGCUCAGUACUGCAGGCCCUUUCUGAUGCUGAUGGGAUUUUAUUUCUCACAGCCUGUACAUGUGGCUUAUAACAGAGGAUGUCCACCUACAUCCCCUAUAAUUUACAUGUCAGCCUGCUGUCCUUGUACCGUGCAGUCACUGUCAUCCUGUCUGCCAUCCUUUGGGUGAAACGUAUACAUUGUAGCAUCCUUUAAUCACUGAAAAGAGACAUCAUGGACCAUCUGUGAUGCCGUCUGCCUCUGCUUAUAAUGUAACACAACACUCGGAAUUUCCUAUCAUUCUAAUUCUGAGAACGUGGACUGUCACCGAUUUUUCUUUUAUUCUUACAUAGUGUGGUGAGAUAUUAACCCCUUAGGGAAACAGCUUCAGAAGUAAAAGGCCAGCAUAAAGGAACAUUUUCGUCAUGACUCAUUAAGGGGUUAAUUAGCUGAUUGCUGAAUAUGUUGUGUGUGGUGGUGGUGGUGAUGCUGAAGGGACAAACGUGUGAAGGUCAAAAUGCAGAAAUGUGGGUAAAUCUCUGUGUCUCUAGUAAUUCUUUCCCCGGUAAAUCUCAUUAGGAAUGUAGCAGGGGCUAAUCAUUUAAGCUGACAGGGCGGAUGAGGGGAUAAAGGGAGCUGCUGCAGCUUCAUCUUCAGGUUGCACUGUCUGCAACCUCUAACAUGAUUUGCCAAUAUGAAGUGUUGGAGGGGGAGGGGUGUCUCAGAAUAUUGAUAUUCAUUCCAGCAUUCUUUAAAAUGUUGCAGAGUUUCUCGAUACCCAUGCCUUUCCCUGAGGAGAUUAUAAGGUCCCCGCUGAUAGCCCUUAGGAUGGCUUUUCAAGGGCAGCCUUCCUCGCCCCCCCUUCCUCCAUGUAAACUACGGUAGAGUAAACCCAGCCAGACUGCUGCUGCUGCUGAAGCAAGGAAGCCAAGGCGUGUUUGUGUUCUUUGCAUUGUCAUCAGCUGAAAUGCCUCCCUCCCUCCUCCCCACCUUCCCAUAUCCAGCUUGUCUACAAUGUAACAGCCUUUGACAAGGAAACCUAUACAUCUAAUAAUUGCUCACAUAGUUAAACGAUUUACUUUCUAAUGACCGCAGGUGAUCGGUUUUCUGAGAAACAAUACAUCAGAUGUUGUUUAUAUAUAAUUUCUUACAUUGUUAAUAAGAUAUCCAUCGUUUCAGUGACAAUGAUUUUCCUUACAUUAUAAAUCAAUAUCCCUUAUUAAAUUCACCUAUACAGUAAUUAUAUUACAAUUUUAAUUUGCCCAUUUUGCAAUAUUUCACAUCUUUUCCUCUGCUUACACAUUCUUUUUUCUUAACUUUAUUGAUUUUAUAGUCUUUUUGCAAAGUAACUAUUGGCUAAAAUAUGAAGAUGUUACUGUAGGUUGUUCUGCAACCAUUUUUUAUACCGUCACAUUAUAAUCCUUUACUUGCCUGUUGUAUUUUGUUAAAUCUUUAAAAUUGCAACCUUAUUUAUUUAUCAUUUCUACUUACCAAACUUUAGUGUCUUACCUCGCAGAAACUUUUAAUUCUUUUCAGUACUCUUUUCAGUUGGCUAAAUGUAUUCCAUAUAUUCUUUACAUCUUUUAACCCAUUCUCUACAGAAUUCUUCCAAUAUUUCAAUUUUAGAAUAUUUAAAACAUAUAGAUUUAGAAUACAUUUGCAGAUAUUUCUGAUAAAUUUUUUUUGUUUUUUUUCUAUCUUUCACAAAAAUAUUGUAGGGGGUGGUGUAUAAGAGACUAUGUUCAGUAUCAUGAACAAAUCUAUAUGUUCAGAAAACAAUUAGCCCAUAAAAGGCAAAUAUAUCAAUUUUAUAGUAUACGGUAUAUGCUAUUUUAAUAUAAAGGCAACAAUAAGCUGGUGUUGCAUCAUGCUCUCAAUACACUCCCAUACAUAGAGGCUAAUACUUUGGGUUUCAAAAGUAAUCUUUAUCAAAAUUAAUCUUUGAACUUUGAAACACCAAAUGUAUAUUUCACAAAACAAAUAAAAUAAGCAAUGGGUGAGUAAUUUCGAUUGUUUUGUGAUUCAGAGAUUUGUCAAAAAAUUUGUAUAAAGAAGGUUUUUACACCUUCAUUAUGUCCCCACCCACAUGUCAUGGUAUAGCAAACUACUGGAGGAUGUGGGGUCAUGUUGCUGUCCGUGGACAUUGGGUGGAGCAUAAACUAAAUAAUGUGAUGGAAAACGUUUCUGCCCACCCCCUGGACUUUUUUUCAUGGAACAUUUUUUCUUUUUUGGUGCAUUUUCUUGUUAUACAGGUUUUUUUUUGUUUCUAUAGUAACAUCAGGUUAUUAUGGUUUUUAAUUUCUUUUUUUGCUGAUGAAAAGGAGAGUUUUGAAGGCAAGUAUGAUUUUGUUUUACAGGAGUCAUAAUUACCAUCCCUUUCACUAUUAUUACGGAGAGGGAGAUAUGAGGCUUUUUUUUUUAUUUAGGUGGGGUGUCUAGAGGCUCUUGGACCCAUAGCCAAUUUAGGAAUGGGGUUUAAAGUUUGUUUGGGGUGGACAAUGGCAUAUCCACACCCAUCUGCUAUUAAUAUCCCACCCAUGGGCUGUGCAACCCACUACUUUAUAUUUUUAAAUAGCCACCAUCCACUGACAUUGUGUAGGGCCUGGGUGUGACAAUGGGAUGGUCUCCCCAUCUCUGUAAUAACUGUUUCUCAUGUCUGGGGGAUGGGGUGUACAAUGGGAUGUCCUCCUUGCUCUUUUAUUAGCUCACACCCACUGCCCCAUUGGCUGAGUGAGUCUAAACAAAGCCACAUCAAUAUUUUUAAUAGAGUUCCACCCUGUGACCAUAGUUGGAGGCAGGGAGUGGACAGUGACCCCCAAUUAUUUAGUUUCUGCCCCAGUGGUGUAUUUUGGUUUUGUGCUGCCCUAGUCAUGAUGAAACUCAGUCACACCCGACACACACUGACAGAAAUGCAUACACACUCACUGAUGGACACACACUGAGUCAGUGUUAGACACACACUCAAUCAGAGUCAGAAACACACACUGAGAGACACACAUACACUCACUGACAGACACACAUACACACUCACUGACAGACACACAUUCAUCGACAGACACACACACUGAGAGACACAGAUACACAUUCACUAACAGACACACUAACUGACAGACAGACACAUACACAUUCACAGAAGGACACACACACUCAGUGACAGACAUACACAUUCAAUGACAGACAUACACAUUCACUGACAAACACACAUACACUCUCACUGACAAACACACACACACACACACACACACUCAGUGACAGACACAUGCAUACACUGUCACUGACAAACACACACACAUUUAGUGAUAGACACAUACACUCUCACUGACACACACACACACACACACUUGGUGACAGACACAUACACUCUUACUGACACACACACACAUACACACGCUCAGUGACAGACACACACAUACACUCUCACAGGCAAACACAAACACACACACUAAGACACAUAUACAUACACACUCACUGACACACACACACACACUUGGUGACAGACACAUACACUCUUACUGACACACACACACAUACACACGCUCAGUGACAGACACACACAUACACUCUCACAGGCAAACACACACACACACACACACACUAAGACACCUAUACAUACACACUCACUGACAAACACAUUCAUACUGAUAGUGACACACUGUAUACACUCUUACUGACACACACACACACAUACACACACACACUCAGUGACAGACGCACACAUACACUCUCACUGGCAAAAACACACACACUAAGACACAUAUACAUACACACUCACUGACAAACACAUACAUACUGAUAGUGACACAUGCAUUCACUGUCACUGACAAACACACACACAUUUAGUGACAGACACAUACACUCUCACUGACACACACCCACUCACUCAGUGACAGACACACACAUACACUCUCACUGCCAAACACACACUUAGUGACAGACACAUACAUACACUCUUACUGAAACACACACACACACACUAAGACACAUUUACAUACACACUCACUGACAAACACAUACAUACUGAUAGUGACACACUCACAAUUUGUCAAGUCUUGACAAAGUCCUUCAAAGAGGAUGAAAUGCGUAGACAUUCUGCCUCCCGUCUUGUCUGCAUCUCCAGCUCGGUUUACGGUUAUUGUCCGGGAGUGGUUUUCGGCAACUGCUGCGGUGACUGCUGUGAUUGGAACGACCCACACUCCCUAUCCCGUGGUAGGAGUUGGCGUGCUCCUCCAACCUCACACCAAGGUUGGACGGCCAGGGUAAGUUACUUUGACAUACCCCUAGAGUGGUUUAGCUCGGGGAUAUAUUUUUCAUAGCAACACCCUUAGCCUUUACCUGGUCGUUUGGCGGGUUUAAGAGCUUCCUCCCCCAGGAUCAGUGGAUGUGUUUGGAUGUGGUCUACUUUAUUUUAUUUUAUUUUUAUCUUUGUGUGCACACUUUCAGUUCCAGCUGCUACCUAUUUUUUCAUUGGUGUAGGGGGCCCCACACUGUUGUUUUGUGACUUGGUACUGGAUAACAUUAUUGCUGUUUGUGUGAUACAUUUAAUCUUAACUGUAUCAUUAUCAGUUAUUUUAUUAUUCUAUGUGUAAAUAAAUUUUGUAUUAUGCAUUUCAUAUCUGAUUGAUUCCAUUGUUGUUUUAUAUCAGUCUUAACGAUCCCUGGAUGAUUUAUCUGAUUCAUAUCAGUUUUGUCAAGUAGUUGCCAUUCUGGAGUACAGUCUUAAGUGGUGAUAGUUGUUUUUUGGAGCGCUCACAUAUCCUUGUUUAUCUAUUAUAGUAUAAUAGUAUAUACAUUAUACAAGAGUCUCUCUGCCUCUCUGAAAACAGCACCCACAUGGAAUGUUUUUGUUUUUGUUUCCGGGGAUGCUAAGUGUAUUGCUUUCAUGCAACCAGAAUCUUGUAUACACCGGGUUGGUGAGGAACAAGUAAAACUUCUACUUAUUUACUGUAGGUAUCAGUUGCUCACUAUCUAAUUGCUGAGUGUGUUUGGUUAUUAUUUUUUCUGAAAUAUACUUCAAUUAAAUUCUUUAUUACAUCAUUGAAAUAUUGAACAUAUAACACACAAUAAGCAUUUCACAUAUACUUUUUUUUAAUUCUUUAUUUUUGUUGUGCAUGGUAACAGCAAAAAUUGCAUAAUAUACACUGGAUAGUAAUGGAUUCGCUUAUCAAAGAUGGUAAAUGUACAUAUUCAGCACUUUUUAUAAAAAAGAUGAAAGACAAGAGAAGCAUAGUGCAGAUUAAGGUGAUGAUUGAAGUAGAAGGUGAGCAGAUUGAAGUAAAUGGAAAGUAAAUAGCUGUAAAGGGUAACAGGUAACUUAUCUGCGAGUAAGAACCCCCCAAAAUCCCCCCCAGAACAGCUAAAGAUCGAAGUCCUGCAAAGAUAUAGAUGGUAGCAAUAGGUGAACUGCUGUAGAAGUGAGAUCGGCAGGUAGACAGCGGCACAGCUUUAAGGUCAGCCUAUGCCCCGCUGGGGCCCAGAGCAGUCUCCCCAUGGAAGUCCCAGAGACUCUCCUGGGUAGAGUUGCACAGCCACAGCAAUUAAUCGGGUGAGACCUGUGUAGGUAUCAAGGGGUCCCAGCUUGAUGAUCAACUCAGUCUCACUGCUGGCUAUUAGAUGGAUUGAGUACUGGGUUGGAUCUUCCAGUAAGGACUGCAGCACUGGUCGGAUCUCCCGGUACAUAACUCAAUCAGUUCGCCCAAAUGUUACAGGACUUCAGUGGUGUCUCCGAAGGAGUCAGAGUGGCAUGCGUUGUCCGCCAUUUUGUACAUGCUUAAAUACCAGUUGUGUGUUCAGCAGGUACACCGUGUGCACUCGGCAGUGUGGGGAAGCCUCAAGAGGGUAGACAGGGUCAUCCCCACUGGUCCGAAGGGGGGGGGGGGGCACCAAUCGGCAGCACAGGUCAGGAAUGGAGAUCGGCCGCUUCUCCAUUCCCCCAGACUCACUAGGCCACCAAGCCUGCUCUCAGUGCGUCGAAAACAUGGGUCUCCGUGGGCAUCAGACACGCUUCAAUGUCAUCCAGAUGGGUUCAGAAGCACCCCAAAUUUAAUAAGGGUCACUGAGGGGGGUAAAAAAGCUGUGUUUAUGAGAGUAUACUCUGGAGCUCAUACAAGAUGCAUGCGUCCAGCUUGACUGACAGGCCCCACCCCCCACAUAUAUUUUUUAAACAGAAUAUUACUGCUUUAAAUGGGAUGCAGAGUAGUUGGAGAAGUAGUAGGAGAUAAUUGUAGAGAUUUAUCAAGACAGAUCAGGUGCUAUUAUGGAUGCAAAGUGCUAAAUGUUGAGUGGUGAUGUAUAGUUUGCCUAAUGAAUUAUACUUUAUUUAGUAUUUUGCUUCAGAAUUGUACCUCUCUUUGCUUGAGAAAUCUAUUCCCAGCUGCUCACAGAUCUCUUUUCCUAACUUGCAGAAGUAUAGAGCCUCGCGGCUUAAACGUUGUAUCAUUGUUUUGUCUCUUGGACCAUAAUUAAAAUAUCUUACUCUUCACCCUGCACUGUGUAGCUAGUGGCUCUAUACCUCUGGAUUUAACAGCGCUGCGGAAUCUGUGUGCGCUUUAUAAAUAGCAAUAAUAAAUAAAUAUUGGGGACUAGCGGACCUCCCCCACAGAGCUCCGGUGCAUCAAAAUACUAGUGUUCUGCACUCUAGUACCUGGUUGGAUACUUUUUCCUUACUUGCAUCUGUAUUUGAGAAAAACAUACAUGAGAGCAGGUAAAAGAGAUUAUGUAUCAGUGUAAAAGAUUCUCUGCUUUUCCCGCUAGACCACCAGGAACUGGACCUAUCUUUGCCUCCUCAACAAUCCAAAACUUAUAAAAAGGAGAAGCUCCUAAGGAAUGAGUAGGGAAUGCAACAAUUACAUUAAAUUAAAGGAAUGAUCCAUCUAGCCUUGUUACCACACUGUUAUCACAAGCAUAAUAUGAGGUAUCCAAAGUUCUAAUUUUUGGAACUUGGGGCCUUUUUUACAUAAUUCGAAAAUGAAAUGAAUUGUGAAGGGAAAUUUGAAUAGCACAAUUAAGGAAUUUCCAGUUACACUGUAGUUGGCUAUAACUUGGGUAUUUUAGCCAAAAUUUAGGAAUUCGGCUUUGAGUUCACUGCAAUUCAAAGUUUAAUAAACAAGCCCUUAGUAUCUCUUCAGUUUUAAUGUAACCAGUGGCGUUAGCUUGUUAUUGGCUGUUGAACCAUGGGAAAACAGACUUAAUCUGAGAGAAACCUGGUAUAUUGCUUUUUUAUUGUAGCUUCUAAAUGCUGCCUCUCCCACAAAAGUGGGCGAGGCCAGGUUCCUUUUAAAAACAAAAUAGCUAUAAAAUAAUUGGUUUUAAGCGUUGAGAUCAUUUAGAUGUAGUUUGUUAACAUCUACCAUGAAAGACAGGUAAGCAGGUAUAUUUACAUUCAGACUAAAUCUGUCAUGGUAUGCUGGUAGUUUGGAAAUCUAUAUUCUAGAACAGGGGUAGGCAACCUUUUAGCAGCACUGUGCCGAUAUUGUGAUGUCCCGUAGCGUGCUGGUCCUAUUUUUUUUUUUUAAUUGAAGUGUGUAUGCUGCCGUAUUCUGCUUGUGUUAUUUAUACUGUAAUUGCUUUGUAUCGUAGUAUUUGUGCGUACAUGAGCUAUUAUAUGUUCAUGAGUAGAUUGUGGUAUCGUGUAUGAUACAUUUAAAUGUUGGCUGUGUAUGGGGGCAGCUUGUGGAAUUGUGUGUGUGGAUGGAUAUGUCACAUUGUGUGUUUAGUAGUGUGUGUAUGUGUGGGGGUUGUUUGGGGUAUUGCAUGUGAGAGGCUGUAUGUGGGGUUGUGUGUAUAUAUGUGGAUUGUUAGUGGUGUUGCAUUUGUGCGGAUUGUGUGUAUGUUUGUGCGGAUUGUGUGUAUCUUUGUGUGUGGGCUGUCCGUAUUAUUUGUAUGAGGGGAGGGUCUUUCUGCAUUUCUGUGUAUAUCUAGCAGUGUGGGUGGCUUCCCUGGGUUCCAGUGGGGACCAUGUUGGCCAGGUACAGAUCAAGGACCAGAGCUGCAACAACAACUGCGAGCUGCUCUACUACUGUGUGGAUUCCCAUUCACAAGUGCUGGAAUGAAGUGCUCUGAGAUCACUUCCUCUACAUGCUGCAAUGCAUAAAUUGAGGAUUGUCCUUCACCACCUCUUUGUAUUAGCAGAUAUCUGAAGUUUUACUGGGACUCCUGAUAGGCCAGAGCCUGUUUGGCUCUAGCAGCCUUGAGUGCCAUGCAAAGGCACCUCGAGUGCCGUGCAUGGCACUAGUGCCAUAGGUUGCCUACCCCUGUUCUAGAAUAUGCAUACAAAUGUCUGACACAUAAUUCCAAUCUGUAUGAACUGCAAUAAUAAAAAAGUAUAUAUAGCAAAACUCUAUUGUAUUCAGCAAAGUUUAAAAUAUGGACAAUUUUCCCUGGCACCAGAUAUCCUGGGUUCUAGUUUUGGAUGGGUUAAUAGCACCAAACUGUGUAGUUUUUAGAUGUCAAAUGGUUAAUUCCUCAGUCAUCCUAUACACCUCCACUGUGAGGACACCAUUUGCAGCCACAGAUAACUGCUAAUUCUUAUUAAUACAUUUCGUUUCAUCCCAAACUGUAAUUAUUCUGAAUUUGGGCUGAUGAGAUAAUCAGUCAAAUUCUCAAACUGUAAGCUGAAUUAUAACCGAAUCACAAACCAAACAAAAUGUGUGAUAGCCAAGCAUGUUUGCUUUGAUUUGUAAUUCUGAAUUAUGCCCUUGGAGCCAAUAAAAGAGAUGACUGAUACGAAAGAAAGAUGAUUGAUGACUAGAGGACAGUCAAUAACUGUUUAUUUUAUUCACAGAUCAAGUGGAAAGUGAGCAAUAGGAAAAAAGGAGGAGUAAUAACAUUUUUUAUAUUAAUAUAGUUAUAUAUUAUAUAUUUAAUAAAUAGACAAUAUGUAAAUGUAUUUAGAUUUACUGUUCCUCCUAUUUCCUCUAUAUGGGUUAAUUUUUCUCACUUGAUCUGUGAACCAAAUUGUGGAAAAACGUUUCUAUCAAUGUAAAGGAAAAAAAAAAAACACAUACCAUUUAUACAGUUAAUAUAUUUUACAGUAGAAUGGCUUAUUUUGGUGCCUUUUUGUUUUUGUUUUUUUCCAAUUAUUUUACUAAGCCUUUUUUUUCUGUUACCAAAAUUCAGCUGCCACCAAAUUUGGUUUUAGUUUUGGGGUGAAAUGGUUUGGCCGAAAUUUUAUUUUUUGCCAUGCACAAGUCUACUAGCUUAUACUAACCCAAACCUCAACCCUACACUAACACUAACACCAACACUAAUCUUACACCAACACUCACCAUAAUACAGAGGUCUGUCACCUGAUGUCAUUGAUUACAUUAGCAGAGGGAUUUCCCCUGCUUACUCAGUACACAGUGUUCUUUCUAUGUACUCAGUGAUUGCAGCAUGAGAGGGUGAUUGCAGCAUGAGAGGGUGAACUUCAUGUUGUCCUUGACAACCAUGGAGUAAUUGGGUGAUUAUGUGGGAGGCAUGGCAUACUUUUUUCGAUCACAUUGAUCUCCCUCUAUUUGAUGGAUAUUUCAGAACAUGGGAAACACAGUUGUUCAGCCAUGGUGAUUUGAAUGCCUCUGUGCAGCGCUCACUUUGUGUGCUGAUCAUAGCUCAUCAGUCCAUCCUUGCAAGUGUGCUGUCUUGGUGUCAUACUUGAUUCUGGCCUCACCUUUGAACCUCACAUCCAGUAUGUUGCCAAAUCCUGUAGAUUCAAUCUUAAAAACAUAGCUCGCAUCCACCCCUUUCUUAUGCAAGAUGAUACCAAGGAGCUUGUCCAUGCUCUAGUAAUUUCCUGCAUGGAUUAUUGUAACCCUCUCCUUAUUGGUCUUCCCAAAAGCCGUAUUGCCCUGCUACAGUCUGUAAUGAAUUGUCACAGGUGGCGGUACGGAAACCGGGACCCCUGAGUGCCUGAUGAUAAGUGGGAGUCUUCAGCAUGGAAGAGGAUUAUCCCGGCCUGGUGCAGGGUAACCACCCGCCCCCUGGUGUUAAGCACCAGCGUUUGAGUGGCCACAUACCAGAACCCUGAUGCAGCUGCUGUGGAUCCCAAAAGCUAGGAACAGGAAUUAAGCAGACCUCCCAGGAGCCGAAUAGGGAGGCUCUGCAGCAAGAAUGUAUCCAGUACAGAAACAAGACAAGGCUAGGUUAAUCACCAAACACGAAAACAAGACAGAACUAGGAGAACCCAGAACCAGAGAAGGAUAGGAAGCUAAACCGAGAACAUGUACACAAUACAUAAGGGAACAUUAACUAAACAGGGGCAGGACAGGACUGUACAUGGACUGGGAUUACAAAAUGAAACAAGACAAGAUAUAAUAGGUAAAACAAGAGGAGACAUAACUAAGCACUAUAUAUGAAAAGUAUGGGGAUUUAGUUACAUUAUAUGAUCAUACAUUGCAUAAGCCUGACACAACAUCAAUGUACGCCAUAUUCGUCCUACUCUGCCUAAUGUUCACUAAAAGAACCAUACUAAACCACAAUAGCACUUACCUGCAAGAAAGGGCAGAAGCCUUGAGCAGCUGCCUGCAGGGACACUGAAACAAAAAGGAAUGUUGGAAAACAAACGGGUGUGGCAAAUAAAACAAACAUUUAAAUGAAUCCAAGAGACUGGGAAAUCCAGGGACGGAAUAUAAGAAUGAACCCAGGAUAAAGAAAACCAGACAUUUAAUAGAAAACCAAUAAAAACUAAACAAGAAUUGUAAAAAGAGUGCUGGAUACCAGAAGCCAAGUCAGACAUCAGAACAGAGCAGAGCAGAUCCUGACAUGAAUGCUGCCGCCAGACUGAUUUUCCUCUCACACGUCACAUCUUAUAGGAGUCAAUUCAAAGUGCUAACUCCUGCCUAUAAAGCACUGAACUAUUUUAGCCCCUCUUAUAUCUGCUUCACUCCCACCUUAUUUGAUUGCUAUUUCCUGUCCUAAUGUGUUUUACACCCCACCUCCUAUAGACUCUAAGCUUGUUUAAGCAGGGUCCCCUUCAACCUAUUGUUCCUUGUAAGUUUGCUUGUAAUUGUCCUAUUUAUAGUUAAAUCCCCCUCUCAUAAUAUUGUAAAGCGCUACGGAAUCUGUUGGCGCUGUACAAAUGGCAAUAAUAAUAAUAAUAAUAAUCAGUCGGUAUGGCCACAGUUGAAAGAGGGGAGUUCCAGUUGUUGAAUGUAACUUGGAAUGUCUCGAUACCAGAAGGGAUCAUGUUGGUACUUUGAAAUCAUGGCAUUCCAUGCUGUCCUUGGCUGUUGAAGCCUUGAACUGGGUGACAUAUUGGAAUAUCAUGCAAUCCUUAAAGGGACACUGAAUUUAAAAUAAAUAAAUAACAAUUUAAUAGAUAUAACCCCAACCACCAAUAUAACCCCAAAAGAAGUAUGCAUGUGAUUUAUUUUGCAUGUAUUCUUGGGGUAUAAGAAAUAUGAUCUAGUAUCAACAGCUACUUUUUUUACAACGCCUCCUUUUUUUCCCUCUAAUCACUUCUCACUUGAUCUGUGAACAAAAUCAGCAUUUAGUGACUGUCUUGUAACAAUCAAUGAUCUUUAUUCCAAUUAAUCAUUUAAAUUUUUUGGUACCAUGGAUGGAACUCCAAAUCACAAAUCAAAUGAUUUGUCUAUGGCGUGAGUCGUUUAGUAAGGCCUGUAUUCGGUAUAAAUUCAGACGAGCUAAAUUUCGGCCGGAAAACAAAUGCAUAUAUCUACCAUUUAUAUCUUCUUUUAAUAACUAUUAACUAAAUAUAGCUAACUAAAUAAAGGAGUUUAAUAAGAUUAUUGGAACAGAUUGUCUGUCAAAAAUGUAUUUUGUUUUUAAAAGCAAAACCUGUACAACUUUUUAGAAUGUAAGUUCCCAUGGCAAUAGAGCCCUCAACUUGUCCUGUAUAUCUUCCUCAAAUUUUGAAUUGUCUCUCGAAUGUAUUAAUUGUACCCAAAGACGGUGCUACGGAAUAUGUUGGCGCUUUAUGUAUAAUAAUAAAUACAAUAAAAUUCAACCAAAAUAAAGAAACUCUAAAGUGUACAUGACAAGUCGCCACUACAGCUUAAAAUAAAAUAAUAACUUGUUUAAUUAAAUGCAUUAUUUAUUGUAACAUAGAAUCCAGUACACACUUAGCUUUUAUUGACAUGUAAUUAAAAUUCAAUUGACAGGAGCCCAUUAUAGUAUGCCAGUAGUGAUGUCCCGAACGGUUCGCCGAACGGUUCACCGCGGAUGGCGAACAUAUGCGCUGUUCGGUCCGCCCCCUAUGUCACCAUUGAGUAAAUUUUGACCCUGUACCUCACAGUCAGCAGACACAUUCCAGCCAAUCAGAAGCAGACCCUCCCUCCCAGAAUGGUAUUUAACCAUUUCUUUGCUUACCUUAAUCCAGCGCCAGGCUCCCUCAGCACUGGUGACCUCUCCUCCUCCUUCUCCUCCAUCGACGUGGAGCCGAAUGCGCAUUCGAGGCUAGAGGCAUAUGCUCAUUCAAACCCGCCCAUAGGAAAGCAUUACUCAAUGCUUCACUAUGGGGACCUUUUUUGACACUGGACUCCAUGAGGAAGUCCAGCGUCAAAUACGUGCAAUUUACUCCGUGUAAAUUGCGCAAGCGGCCUCUAGUGGCUGUCAGGAAGACAGCCACUAGAGGCUGGAUUAAACCUGAAGUGUAAACAUAGCAGUUUCUAUGACACUGCUAUGUUUUCAGCUGCAGGGUUAAAACUAGGGUGGCCUGGCACCCAGACCACUUCAUUGAGCUGAAGUGGUCUGGGUGCCUAUAGUGGUCCUUUAAGAAGAUUAGUCUUGGUGCCUACAUCUGAGGGCUUCCUCAUGGCUUUGCAUGUUGAGAACAGAUGGUCCUUCAAAUUCCACCCAAGUCGUUGAGCCCCCUUCUUCCCUGUGAAUGGAGAUGAGACUACAUCAUCUGCACUACCAGUUAAUCCAUCAAUGACUUCUGUGUCCAUAGAAAAUAAUAGAACACGCUCAUGCUUGGCUAUACAUUACACCUUUGUGUGCCGUCUUUGCAUGGCCCUUUCAUAAAAAGUAUAUCAGUCACAUGCUCAACUUACUGACUUAUGCUCUGCUCAAACUUCCCUCAAAGGUGUUGUCAAAGACUCUUGUCAAAACUGUAGUUUUAUUAAAAGUAUAUUUAAUGUCCACACCUAUAUACAAGUUGAAAAAAUAGAAGGAAAAAAAAAACACUCCCCACAAAUCACAACCCAGGGUGUUCAAGCCAGACCUGAGACUGGUAAAAUCUAAACAUACAAGUAAAGCAAUAAAGAUGACCCACAAACUCAAGGUUGAAUAACUGGUAAAUUUAAAGGAUCACAAUAGGGUCAGGAACACAAACAUGUAUUCCUGACCCUAUAGUGUUAAGCCCACCAUCUAGCCCCCCUGGGCCCCUCAUGCCUCCAUAAAUAUAGUAAAAAUCUUACUGUAUUCAAGCCUAAAGCAGUAAAUCUGCAUGCUGUUAGACUCAGAAAAACAAGCAGUCUGCUGACAUGUGGUAGCCUGAUCCAAUCACAGUGCUUCCCCAUCAGGGGCAGAGCCAGCAUGAUUCAAACACAGCCCUGGCCAAUCAGCAUCUCCUCAUAGAGCUGAAUUGAAUCAAUGAAUCUCUAUGAGGAAAGUUCAGUGUCUGCGUGCAGAGGGAGGAGAUACUGAAUCACAGGAUGCUGUGCACAGUGCUGCCCUGUGCUCUGCUGACAGCAGAUCUGAGUGGAUGGAGGCAUAUUAUGCCUCCAUCAACUCCAAAAUCCCUCUGGUUCACUCUGAGUGACUGCAACUGGAGGUGUUCCUAGCUUUCAAUGUAAACACUGUAUUUUCUCAGAAAAUACAGUGUUUACAUGAGAAAGGCUGCAGGGAGCUAUAGUUCUCACCUGAACAACUUCAUUAAGCUGAAGUUGCUCAGGUGACUAUAGUGUCCCUUGAAACUAAACUAGGAAAACAAAAUCCUUCUUGAUCCCAGAAUGGCACAAUCAGAUCUUUCUUUGGAUCAAGAAGCUAUUACCUCACAAAAUAAAAAGUAUAUCCCUAAAUAUUAUGUUUUUGAAAGUAAUAAUCUUGUGCCUGUUUCUACAUCUGUACAGACUCGGAUAAAACCACAACUUCAUGCAGAGAAUUACACAUCUUUCAUGUUCUUACAGUAAAAACCCUUUCCUUUGCCUUAGACUAAAUCUCUUUUCUUCCAAUCUAAAUGUACAAACUCUGAUAAAAUCAAAUCUCCAGGCAGAGAAUUACACAUCUUUAGUGUUCUUACUGUAAAAACACCCUUUAUUUUGCCUUAGACUAAAUCUAUUUUCUUCCAGUCUAAAUGUGUUCUAUGUAUAGUCCUGAAUAUGAAUAGAUGUCCAGACAAUGGUUUGUAUUGACCACAAAUAUUUUUCUAUAAUUCUAUUAUAUCUAUUCUGAGGUGCAUUUUUCUAAACUAAUGAGAUGUACAUUUAUUAACUUUUCUUCAUAACUAAAAUGUUCUUCCUUUUAUUAAUUCUUUAACCCAACUCUGCACUUUUCUAGUGCUAUAAUAUCCAUCUUUAGAACAAGUGCCCAAAAUUUCACAGCAUACUCAAGUAUGCUAUUAACAGUGAAUUAUAAAGAGGCAACAUUAUAUUUCAAUCCCCAGAAUUAAUAUAUUUUAAUUAAUAAGCAACUGCUGAUUGAAAUUUCACGUUGUUGCCUAGUUUGUUGUCUAUAACAAUAUCCAAAUCUUUCAUGUGUGUUGUGAUCCCUAAUUCACUAUCAUUUAGAGUGAAAGUUGCUUGUGCAUUCUUUGCCCCAAAGUGUUUAAGUUUGCAUUUUUGUUGAAUAAAUUUAAUCUGCCAUUUGAGUGACCAGUUCCCCAAUCUAUCUAAAGCACUCUGCAGCAAAAUAUCCUGCUCACUUUACAGAGAUUUGUGUCAUCUGCAAAGACUGAAACAUGACUUUCAUUUACUAUUUCAAGAUAAUUCAUGACAACUCUCUACUCUAUCUUUAAGCCCAUGAACAAGAAUUUUCAUCUAGACCAAUUUAUUUUAGUUUAACCCCUUCACGACCGAGGACGGUUCAGGACCGUCAUUGGCAUUUUUGCCUUGCAGACCGAUGACGGUCCUGAACCGUCCUAACGGUCUCCGUUACUUACCUGAUCGCCGUCGUUCCCCCGGCGGCGAUCAGCGUUGCUCCGGUUGUGGGGAGACUGCCUGCAGCCCAGACAGUCUCCCCACACUGAAUUAGGACCCCUGGGACACACAGCGAUCACAUGGUCACAAUAGGUAUCCUAGUGUCUGCCUGCAGGGGGGCUGCCUGUGCUGACAGGCAGUCUCCCUGCUAGUGUAAAAUCAGUAAAAAAAAAAUAAAGUUAAUGUUAAUAAAAAAAAAUAAUUAUAUAUGUGUAUACAUAUAUGAUAUAUAGACAUAUAUUAUAUCAAUAUAAUAUAUGUCUAUAUAUCAUAUAUAUAUAAUGCCAUACUAAGUGUAUUUUUAUAUUAAUAUGUACUUAUAUUAAUAUAAAAAUACACUUAUAAUUAAAUUACACACGUAUAUAUAUAAUAUAUAUAAUAACUAUAUAUAUUGUGUAUAUAUAUAUUAUAAAAUAUAAAUAAUAAGUAAUUUAAAUUAAAUAAUUUUUUUUAAAUAAUAAUAAAAAUUUAAAACAAAAAUUAUAUAUCUAUAUGAAAUUUUAUUCUAACUGUAUUUUAAAAUUAAUAUAUAUAUAUUUAUAUCAAAAUACACUUAGAAUGAAUUUGUAUAUAUAUCUAUGUAUAUAAAAAUAAAUAAAAAUAAUAAGAAAUAUACAUAUGUCCAUAUACAAAAUUACAUAAAUAAUUAUAUAAAUAUACACGUAGACUUCAAAUAUAUAAAUAUGCAUAUAUAUUUAAAUUCUACGUGCGUAUUUAUGUAAUAUUUUUACAUAAUUCAGUAAUUUUAUUGAUUGUAAUUUGAGGGACCUGCCUGCCAACCCAGGCCGAAAUUCCAGAGAAUUUAAUUUGCUAGCACUGUAUUUUACCCUGUAACGUUCUACGACACCCUAAAACCUGUACAUGGGGGGUACUGUUUUACUCGGGAGACUUCGCUGAACACAAAUAUUAGUGAUUCAAAACAGUAAAACAUAUCACAGCGAUGAUAUUGUCAGUGAAAGUGACUUUUUUUGCAUUUUUUACACACAAACAGCACUUUUACUGAUGAUAUAAUUGUUGUGAUAAGUUUUCCAGUUUUUGAUAUAUCUAAAAAAGACUGGACAUACCCCAUAUUGAAUACCCUGGGUUGUCUACUUUAAAAAAAAUAUGUACAUGUGGGGUGUUAUUCAGAGAUUUAUGACAGAUAAUAGUGUUACAAUGUCACUAUUGAUAAAUUUUAAAAAUGUAUGUUUUGAAACCGCAAUAUCCUACUUGUACCUAUAGCCCUAUAACAUGCAAAAAAAGCAAAAAAGCACCUAAACACAGGGUAUUUUUAAACUCAGGACAAAAUUUUGAAUCUAUUUAGCAGUUUUUUUCAUUCGCUUUUGUAGAUGAGUAAAAGAUUUUUCAAGUAAAAGUCAAAAAACAUGUUUUUUUUUCAAUUUUUCAUCAUAUUUUUUUAUUUUUUUUAAAUUAAAAUACAUGAGAUUAUAUAAAUAAUGGUAUGUAAAGAAAGCCCCUUUUGUCCUGAAAAAAACAAUAUAUAAUUUGUAUGGAAACAGUAAAUGAGAGAGCGGAAAAUUCCAGCCAAACACAAACACCACAAAAGUGUAAAAAUAUGCCUGGUCGCAAAUGUACAACAUCGCAAAAACAGUCCAGUCCUUAAGGGGUUAAAACACUAAUCUGUUGUGAGGAACCAUGUCAAACACCUUGGCAAAAUCCAAGUAGAUCACAUCCACUGCAACGCCCUGAUUAUACUUACACUUACUUCUUCGUAGAAUGCAAUUAAAUUAGUUUGGCACGAUGUAUGUUUAUACAGUGUUUAUAGGCAACACCAUUAACUUUAAUUAAUUAGAACAAUUAGAACACAAACUUACUUAAUCUUCUUAAUUUACAAAUGGUCAGCCAUGGCAUUUGAAGCACCAAGAGCCAGAACGUGCUCCAAAGCCCAAUGAUGUCAGAUGUACGUAGGAACAAUGACAUCAACCGCACAAAAAACAACUGCUCAGGCUCCAUAAAAUGUAAUAACGCAAGACAUUUCUUUGUGCCAUAUGGCGUGAAUAAGCUCUGUAAAAAAAGAAGGGUUUUAUCAAGCCACGUAUGAAACGUGAAACUCAUGUAUCACCUUUAACUCUGGAACCUUGGCUGAUCAAAUAGAAACAGCAUUAGAGCAAAAUAGCAUAAAAAAAACCAAAUGAAUGUUUAAAAAUCAAUAAGCAAAUAAACUGAGUUCAUUCCAUCCUUGAUAUUUUCACCUUUUCAUAAUAUGUACACUAAUUAAAGGGAAGGACCCAGUAAGGGUAUAUCUAAGCAUGCAAUACAGAUCAUCACAUAUUCUGACAAAAUGUACAAUCGGUUAUAACAUGAUUUUAUCCCAAUACAAAGUCUCUUUAACAGGCUAAAAAUUUUCUUGUUAAAAUCUAUUUAUUGUCCAAAAACUCAUGCUUAAGUAGCCUGUAGUAAAACUUAUACAAUAUCGUAAAAUAAAGAAAAAUACUAAUGCACGCAAAUCCAGGUGUAGAAGUGAAUCAGCACCUUUUAGUGAAUAAAAGUAUCUGUAAAGAGAAAAAAAAAUAGAAUUGUGGUGCAUACUAAACGUAUAUUUAAUAUCCACACCUAUAUAUUGUCAUAGUUAGGAAUUUCACAAUGAUGGGGCAGAUUCUAGCACCAGGCUUUGAUACUGAGAAUUUGUCCAACAGGUUAAUAAAUAAAAGCAAAAAUAAUCAACUCAACACAGCUAAACUUCAUAAUGGGCGAGAAAACACAUUGUUAAGACAUUAAACGUCACUCUUCACCCUUUCUCACCCCAACCCCCAUCUCUGAAUAUUAUUUGUAAUGGGGGGGCUCUACAAAGACCUGUAAAACAUAAAAAGUAUUCCAGUAUUAAUUAGGGUCUCCAAUCCUCCUGUAAGACGAAGACCAACUCUUUUUUCCAAGGAAUUAAAAAUCCUGCUGAAACAGAAAUCCUGGUGGUUAACUAGUAUAACCCCCUGCUUAUUAAAUAUUACGAUUUCAUUAACUAUCUGAUUGAAGGCAAAAAAAGUGCAAAUAGCUUUUUAAGGUUAACAUGAACCCCUACACCAGGGGUCCUCAAACUCCGGCCCCCCAGAUGUUGCUGAACUAGAACUCCCCUGAUUCUUUGAAUUACAUAGAUAGCCAGAGAAUCAUGGGAGGUGUAGUUCAGCAACAUCUGGGGGCCGGAGUUAGAGGACCCCUGCCCUACACCAUCCCAAGGCUCCCUCAUUCUUAGAGAAUAUACAAACCCUAUCCCAUAGCAUAAAAAUAUAUAUUUCAGAUGCUUUAUCUGUUAAUCAGCCUCACAAUGCAAGUUGUCAGAAGUCAAACGUCAUAAGAAUACAUCCAUCUGAUGGUGCCAUAAUUUAAAUAAUCUGCACAUAGAUUCUCCAGAACUAAAACUAUAAUUCAAAAAGACUCUACCUAUUUCACUUUGUAUCUGACUCAAUAUUUGCAGUCAAUUAUUUUUUCCUUGGUUAGUCAUACCAGUUAGAUAGGAUACCACAAUUACCUGACUCGGAAACUUAUACUCAUUCACACAUGCAUAAUAAAUGUCAUGGACCUUGUCAUCACCUGUCCGCAACCAUUUCUGAACAUGUUUUUUAAUGUAUUAAAAAAAAAAAAAAAAACAUAAAAAGUGGAUAAACAUUUAAUUCUAGGAUAUUCUGUUAAGGAUUCCAACUUAUCAUCAUAUGGGAACUAUAAAACUAUUUCUAUACGUCUUUCGUAUAUUGCAUAACAUUACAAUUUAUAUGAAACCUUUCAAGAUAGGGGUUCGGCAAAGUCUAUCAUACAAUCUUGGUUCUUGCACGUCAUAUGCCAUUUAAUACAAAAUAAAAUGCCAUACUUUGUUGUCUUUUGUGAUAUUGCAUUACUGCAUUGUACAGAUGUGUGUUUUCUUUACACAAUGGAACAGGCUCAAUGUUAAAAUCUUGGCAUGUUAGGUUUUGAUAACAUCUUAUCUGACACACCGAUUUUUAUGCUGUGUGAAAUAUUGUCCUUAUUUUAUACUUUUAGAUAAGAUUUGCUAAUUAUUUAUUAUGUUUGGUAUCAAAAUAUUCAAACAUUUCCAAUAUAUUAAUCCAUUUUAAAUGUUUAUCCAAAUAUAUUAAAUAAUUUGAAAAGCUUAUCCAGAAAUCUUAAAUAGGUAGAGUCUUUUUGAAUUAUAGUUUUAGUUCUGGAGAAUCUAUGUGCAGAUUAUUUAAAUUAUGGCACCAUCAGAUGGAUGUAUUCUUAUGACGUUUGACUUCUGACAACUUGCAUUGUGAGGCUGAUUAACAGAUAAAGCAUCUGAAAUAUAUCUUUUUAUGCUAUGGGAUAGGGUUUGUAUAUUCUCUAAGAAUGAGGGAGCCUUGGGAUGGUGUAGGCAGGGGUCCUCAAACUCCGGCCCCCAGAUGUUGCUGAACUACACCUCCCAUGAUUCUCUGGCUAUCUAUGUAAUUAAAAGAAUCAGGGGAGUUGUAGUUCAGCAACAUCUGGGCCAUUAUAACAUAAAUUAAACCAUAUAAUCUGUAAAACAUUUUAUCUCCGCUCUAUUACUGUGAAGGCUGAAGAAAUAUUUUUUAAAAAUUAGUUUUAAUGAAAGUAACACAAUCUGUAUACAAUUAGUGCUGUGCCCCAUAUUUAUGUGCUAACAAGGCAUUUCAUUUCCAAAUAAACGUUAUCCUUAAAUAUAAGGGGAAAGAGCAUGGCAGUGAAGGGGUUAAACAUAACAUUAAAUAUAUUUUAGAUUUCUUUUUUUUGUUAAGCUGUGUGCAUUUCAAGUUUAAAAUAAUCCUCUAUAAGAACCAGAGUGUAUUAUACUUUAAUUAUCUCAGCAAAAAAAAGGUUUUCAAGAGAGUUAAACCUUAAAACAUUUUCAUAAAUGAAUGGCAUUGAAGCUUUGGUAAUAGUUACACUCUAUUGCUAUGGCUACUGUAGAAGUCAUGUAAAACAAUUAAGAUUUUUUUUUUUAAACUUUCCGUCCUAAUCCGCCAUGGAUUGUGGUCACAUGGUGGAAAUGCCAGGGUUAUUUGGCCUUUUGGCAGACUUCUCAGACAUUUGUAUCGAAUACUUUGAACUUACUUUUGGGUCUAUCAUGUGAAUAAGAUAUUUAUAAUUAUGCAGAAUACUAUGUCUUCCCAAAUUACAUCUUCUUUUAAAUCAUUUCUGAAGCAGAAGAUAUGAGAUUUGGUUUUACGUCAGCAGAAAGAUUACAUUAAACGUGUUAGAAAAUUAUUAUCGAGAUAGGCAAUUAAAAAAAAAAAACUUAGUUUCUAAAUAGUGAAGGGGGAAGUCAUGUGAUCAGAACAAUUUUAUGUCAUUUAAAAAGAAGAUUUUUUCCUAAAAAGCUAAAAUGUGCCAAGUGAAAGGAUUUGUAGUAGAACCUUAUAUCACCCUCCAACUAUAUGUGCCCAUGCUUACCUUAACAUUGUGGGUGUUCCAGUUGGCUUCUUUUCAAGCAUUUGUAUCUUUUUCUGGGUGGCCAACUGUCAGGUGAUACGUUGUGUCCACUACAGAUUAGAGAAAUCUUCUAAGCCUUUUCUGAAAGUUAUACUGACACUCAUUAGUAUGUAACACUUCCUGCCCAACAGCUACAGCCAGCAAUGGAUGUGCAGCUAUUUAGCAGCCAAUAUGAUCUGAGGAUUUUUGAUCUGCCAACCAUCAACAGGAGCUCUAGACAAGUUUAUAUUUGUAUAUACACUAUAUGGACAAAAGUAUUGGGGAAACCAACCAUUACAACAAUAAGAUAAAACAAGGACCUGAUUUAGAAAAAUACAGAUCUUAAAAGAUCAAUCAUCAAAUGUUGUACAAUUGUACACCAAAGGGACUGACCAUUACACCAACAGGGACUUUUAUGACAGCGCAUUCUAAAAACAUAGACAUUAAAAUAUAGUUGAAGAGGGAAAGCUCUAACAGCUUCCACUCUUCUGACAAGGCUUUCCUCAAGAUUUUGGAGUGUUUCUUUAGAAAUUUUGACCCAUUCAUCCACUAGAGCAUUUGUAAGAUCAGGCAAUGAUUUUGGACAAGAAGGCCUGCCCGGUUUAAAUGCAGCUACAUGGCCAUGGAAACCAAUUCCACAAAGUUCCUGAAACAGAGUUUUUGUGCAGAUAUAAAUGCCAGUGAAAGUUUGGAACUCUUCAGCUAUGGAAUCAGUAGAGUGUUGACAACUUUGACACACCAUGCGCCUCGGCACUCAGUGACCCCACUCUGUAACUUUACGUGGUCUUCCACUUUGUGGCUGAGUUGCUGUUGUUCCUAAAUGUUUUCACUUUCCAAUAAUACCACUUACAGUUGACAGUGGAAUAUCUAGCAAGAUAAGGGGGCCCGUUGGGUGGCCCUUGCUCUAAGGGCCACCUGAUGCACAUAUGUCAGCCUAUUACUUCCUCCCAAAGACACAGAAACCGCGCUGGAGGGUGGAGGAGAAGGGAAAGAGGAGGGGAGCUGGACUGGAAAGCCAACCCCAAACUAGCAACAACCUCAGCCUGCUACUGGACCCCAGGGAACCCAUCCUCCUGUAAAAGGUAGGAAACUGGAGGGUGGAUAUGAAAGUGUAAAUUUGGAUCAGCAUGUGACUGUUUGUGUAUAUGUGUGUGUGUGUGUGUGUAUAUAUAUAUGUCGUCAGUGUGUGUCUGUGUAUCUGAAUGUCUGUCAGUGUGUGUCUGUGUAUUUGCAUGUGUUUUAAUGUGUGUGUGUGUCUGUGCAUCUGUGUGUGUGGCAGUAUAUAUGUAUAUGUGCAUACAUUUCAGCUUUUAAAUGCCAACACUACACACAAACACAUCCCUGCAUUCAAUCAUCAGCACUACAUACAAACACACGUAUUAAAGACCAAAAUUAUAUAUAAACACAUUGCUGCAUUCAUACACUACAUUUACACAAACAUACUCCAUGAAAAAGAUGAUUACACACAAACACUGCUCGGUACAAUACAACCCUAAAUACAACCCUGCAAGCAUGGGAAAUGGUAGAACCCCAGCUGUAAAAGUAUUGUGGGAGUUGUAUGACAGAUGGGAAUCUCACUUUGGGCCAUCCUUGCGAUAGGGGGACCUAAAACAAUUCUUGCACCUGGAUCCUCUCUAUGCUAGUGCGCACCUUCAGAUUGUGAGGUCUCUGCUUUGUCUGGGAGCCUUGAUCCAACUCCUUUUUGUCUUUGGGUGUUUCGCUCCUUACCAAGUUGUUACUUGCAUGCACAUUUAACCCCUUAAGGACCAAACUUCUGGAAUAAAAGGGAAUCAUGACAUGUCACACAUGUCAUGUGUGUCCUUAAGGGGUUAAAUGGAAGUGGCUCACUUUUUGCGUUCCACUUUUGGAUGACGUGCUUGUUCCAUCUGUUUUCUCUGUCUUUUUUGGUUCCAUCACCUUAUUGCCGUCCUCCAAUUCUUUGCCCUAAUUGGAAUAAUGGUAUUAAUAACCAUUAUCAAUAAUUUCUUUUAGAUGCAAUAUAUAUAUAUAUAUAUAUAGCUUCAUGUGGUGAUAGCUUGACAAAGACCUUUGCCAAGGUCAAAACGUUGCUCAUUGCAUUAUGAUCCCAUAAGACUGCUUUUCCUGUGAACCCAGUAAGUGACUGAAGCUUCUUUUUGGAAAUAUCUGAUAUAAAGGAAUUUCUGGUCCUGCUUCAGCUAAGCACCCUGUGGCUAUUUGAAACUGAGUGUUGUCCUUCAUUCUUUCGUAGCAACACUAUGCACAUCACUGAUCAACCAGAAAGGGAGAAUUUUAUUCAUACUGGAUUGACAGGCAGCCCUGCAAGACAGCCAUCCAGUGCUACUCCUGUGAAAAUUAGUGCUGAAACACUGUAGCUUGGGCAGUAACACUCUGCAGUGGCCUUUCACAGCUUGAGAAUAUGUAAUCAUACAACUGUACUCUGUAUUUUAGGUGUCUUUUCUUGUGUUCUCUAAAACAUGAGUUCUCAAACUCCGGCCCCCCAGAUGUUGCUGAACUACAACUCCAGUGAUUCUUUGAAUUACAUAUAUAGCCAGAGAAUCAUGGGAGUUGUAGUUCAGCAACAUCUGGGGGGCCAGAGUUUGAGGACCCAUACUCUAAAAUAUUGUUAAGCUAUAUAAAAUAAUACCAAUAACAUCUCCUUUUUCUCACGCAAGAAAUGUCACUGUUUAUUUGAUAAUGUAAAAAUUACAAAGUAACUUGAUGAUGACGAUAUUAGUAUUUAAUUGGUUAGCCAUGGCAAAUUUUUUUCAUGACUUUGAUUAUCAUGGAGUCUUGUGGAAACCAGAUUAAUUGCUUGGGCAAUUAAAUGUGAAAUUUGUUAAUAAAAGAAUCACUUGUUUUAUAUGUAGAGUAUUUCUUUAUUUCUGUAGGAUGAAUGUCAUGCAAGUUCAUGAGAAAUGUAGCAGCCAUUCACAACUGCAAUUUGUGGAUAGUCCAUAUCAUGCUUAAUAUGACAUUUGGGGCUAAUUCAUGUUCAUGUCCUUGCUUCAGAUCAUCCUGGCAAACCUUUUUCUAUUCUGACAAGUUUUAAAUAAAUAUUACAAAUAUAUUAUAGAUUUCUAAAUUGCAGGAUCCUUAUAGGGUUAUUCACUAAAGUGAGAAUUCAAAAUUAAUUUCAAAUUUAAAUAGCUGACCUGGAAAAAUUUUCUAAUUCAGCUAUGCUUCCAGUUCAGUUCGGCUGCUUUGAUCUUAAAGCAGCACUAUCACCGCCUGGGGAUUUGCAAAGACCCCCGAUAGUGACAUCGCCGCUGCGGGUCCGGUGGCCGGGAAGGUCUAUGGAAGAUCUCACAAGAUCGUGACAUCCUCCAUAGACAAAUCCAAUCUGUGAGGAUCAAAACUUAGACUCCAUUGUGAGUUAGGCAGCGGUGCAAAACAGAGACGAACUAGUCCCUUCUUUGUCUCGUUAUGUCCCUUGAUUUAGUUGGGAGUUGAGUAUUUCGUAGAGAUUCUAUCUUUAUAAAAUACUCAUUUUUCAGGGGAGUGACAGUGCUACUUUAAGUUUAAUCUGCAUAUGAGAUGAGCAAAAUUAUAUGACAUGAAACAUUUUGGUUCAUCUAUUUGAAUACUGUCAUUUAUCAGUCUUAUUACUGCAGUCUAUAGAUGGGUGGUUUCAGUGCUUAGAUGCCCUUUAUAUCAGUCUCCUUGCCAUUCUCUUCCUCUAUGCCCCUUUCCUAUAAAUUAUCCUCUAUAUUCCCUUUAUGAGCGUGCUUUGUACUGCAUUAUAAAACAAUGUACUCAAGAGCAUUAUUCCACACAGGCAAUGGGAUCUAUAUCACACUGGUGUGACCAACAACCUGACUCCCUUCCUCCCCCCCUAUUCUAUUUCCCCAACAAAAGCAGUUGUUGGUAAAAUAAUUCACACCAAGUUAUGGGAAUUUGAGAUAUCCAGUGGGUAGUCACCAUGCAGGACAGCAAUAUGACCUCGCAAAUGGGCAGGUUUCCAAGGUGUUGACACUGUAUAAGCAGCUUUGUUAUGUCUCUCUAACAAUAUGGAAUACAUUUUGGAUAAACAAAAUAAAAAUUUGGCAUCUUUUGUGAUUGUUUUAUUUGAAGUUAAUGCAUUAUUCUGUUUAUUUUUAUAGAUAUACAAGCACCAUGGACCUUUAGAACCUGCAGCAAAUUGUGUCCUCUAAACAAAACAUAACAUUUAAUCCUUACUCACCUUGAUUGUUCUGCAACGAAAGUGACAGUGGCUCUCGAAACCAAUACAGAAGACUGUAUACCCAUAUUCAAACCUUUGUUAAAACUGUCUCAUUGCUUCAGAUGCCUAAAAAUAGCAAGGUAGUUAAGAGAGAGCUGGAUGAUGAUGUUGUGGAAUCUGUUAAGGACCUCCUUUCCAAUGAGGAUUCCUGUGAUGACAGCUUCAAAAAGAGUGAGUUGAUGGUCAACGAUGACAUAGAUAAGGAUAGAGAUCUUGAAGAUGGAUCUGACAUUGAGGAUGAAAGACCUGCUUGGAACAGCAAACUUCAGUAUAUUCUUGCCCAAGUUGGAUUUUCUGUUGGUUUGGGAAAUGUAUGGAGAUUCCCAUACUUAUGCCAGAAAAAUGGUGGAGGUAAGAAAUAUGAUUGUAUUAAUAAAUUAUUAUUGUUACAAUUCUCAAGUUGUGUAAUUUAAAUAUAAAUAUCACAAAUUCAAAGUAAUCAAACUAUAGAUGACAGAUUCUCAAGUGUAAAUAUUCAGACACUUGUUUUAAAAUGGCUAGCUCAAAAAUUUACAUAGUGUGAGUUCAUCACUUAGAGUAGCAUAUCCUUUAAAAUGAAUAAAACUUGGAAGGCAAAAGAAAACUAGCUUGUGGUUUGACUUUAGCACGUGAUAUGCUAUUUCAGCAUCUGUUUUUCAAGUGAGGCCAUUUCAAUUAAUCAUACGAGAAAAAAACAAGACUUGAGAGUUCUUUUAUAUAUCCUCCCAAUGCUGCAGGGAGGAUAUAUAAAAAAAUCAGGGCCCAAAGUAAGAAAAUGGUCCACUAGACUCUUCCACUAGACUUGUGUAUGUAAACAGUUUGGUUUGUCUGAAUCGAUUCGUCCAGGAAAAAAUAAUUUGUUUCAGGCGAAUCGGGUUUCAUCUAUGUGGCAUUUUGGUUUAAACAAACUUAGUCUAUGUGAUUGUUUCAGAUUGUUUCAGAGAAAUCAAAAGGGUGCAGAAACAUUCCUAUUAGUGUAUUGCAAAAUAUAUACAUAACACCGAGCAGCCACAACAUUAAAACCAUUUGCCUAAUAUCAUGUAGGUCUUUUUUGUGCUGCCCACAGUUUGAUGCAUGGACUCCACAAGACCUGAACGUGUCCUGUGGUAUCUGGCCCCAAGACAUUGGCAGCAGAUACUGUAAGUCCUAUAAGUUGCAAGGAGGGGCCUUCAUUGAUCGGAUUUGUUUAUCAUGCACAUCCCACAGAUUGGAUUGAGAUUUUGGAAAUUUGCAGAACAAGGCAACAACUUGGUUCCUUAAACCAUUCCUGAACAAUUUUUGCAGUGUGGCAGGGUACAUUAUCCUGCUGAAAGAGGGCAUUGCCAUCAGGAAAUACCAUUGCCAUGAAGGGGUGUACAUAGUCCACAAAAAUCUCUAAGUAGGUGGAACAUGUCAACCUAACAUCCACAUGAAUGCCAGAACCAAAUCUUUCCCAGCAGAACAUUGCUCAGAGCACAAGACUGCCUCUGCCGGCCUGCCUUCUUCCAAUAGUGCAUCCUGCUGCAGUCUCUAUCCCAGGUAAACAAAACACACCUGGCCAUCCACCUGAACUAAAAGAAAAUAUGAUUCAUUAGACCAGGCAACCUUCUUCCAUUGAUCUAUGGUCUUGUUCUGAUGCUCACAUCCACAUUGGAGGCACAUUUGGCGGUGGACAGGAAUCAUCCUGUGAUGAACACUGUGUGUUCUGACAUCUUUUUAUCAUGGAUAGCAUUAAGUUUUUAGCAAUUUGAGCUACAUUAGCUCUUCUGUGUGAACAGACCAGAUGGACUAGCCAUCGAUUUCCACAUGCAUCAAUGAGCCUUGGGUUCCCAUGACCCCGAUGCUGGUUCACUGGUUGUGCUUCCUUGAACCACCUUUGGUAGAUAUUAACCACUGCAUACUGGGAACACCCCACAAGACUUGCAAUUUUGUUGAUUUUCCGAACCGGUUAUCUAGCCAUCACUAUUUGGCCCUUGUCAAAGUCACUCAGAUCUUUUCACUUCCCCAUUUUUCCUGGUAACAUAUAAAAAUCAAGACCUGGCUGUUCACUUGCUGCCUAAUAUAUCCCACCCCUUCACAGGUGCCAUUAUAACAAUAUGAUCAAUUUUAUUCACUUCACCUGUCAGUGGUUUUAAUGUUGUUGAUGAUCAGUGUAAAUAUUAUCUAUAUGUAUUGCACUUCACUGAUGUUGUGGUGUAUUUUCAUUCCAUCUGGUUCACAGAUCAAGUGAAAAGAAAUAAUCAACAGAUGGAAAAAAGGAGGAAAGUAAAAAAAUAAAUAAAUCUCCUGUUUGUUUCUGUAUUGGUCACUUCUCACUUGAUCUGUGUAUAAAAUUAACAUUUAGCGGCUAUCCCUAACCACUAUUCUUUUUCCAUCAAUCACUUUUGUUUGGAACCACGAAUGGAACUCCGAAUCAGAAAACAAAUAAACAGUUUGUUUAUUCCUCUUUAGUUAGUUUUGUGGUUCAGUCCCAUGAAGAUUUGAAGUCACGUAAUUCCGACAAAUCACUGACCACCCAAUUUAAAUGAAUAUCAAUUUGAUGAAUGCACAAGUCUAUCCUCAAGCAUGUGUUUCAACCCAAACACCUGUGGUGGCUACAGGUACCAAAGACUUCAGCCAGCUACCUACCUAAGAAGGGAAGGUGGUAUAACAAUAUAAAAAGCAAACUGUAAAAAAUGAUAUUUCAUAUGUAUCUGCUAACAUCUUACUUGAACAUAUUCUGUUUAAUUUAUUUUUUUAUUCAGCUAAUACCCUCAAAAAAACAACAGUAAAAAAAACGUUAUACCCUUCUCAAGACUAUUAAUAAUACGUUAUAGCCUACUCAAGACCAUUCAAAAUAAAAACUAAUAUUUGAGAUAAACCCAUGAGAGAAAUGCACUGCGAAAAUAAUCUAGACUCUUCAGACUGUUGGCUGAAGAACUCAAUAAUGAAUGAAAAUAUAUAUUGCCAGCGUGAAACCCUUUCAGUGCAGUAUAAUUGGUUGGUUUUCAAACCAAACAUAUCCUACUUACAAGUCUUACUUUCACAUUGUUCGCCUGGAAAUGAGCAUAAUGUGUGUGUCUCAUUGUCUCUCUCUUUCCACAUGCUUUGGAGUCUCACAUUAAUUUUUUUUUUUCUUUUUGCUUGUGUUAUUUUCGAUUUUACCUCCGCAGGAGAGCAGCUAAUUUGCUGCGGCAAUAGAAGGCUUCAUUUUUCCAAUGAUAUGCAUUCCCAAUCAGGUUUAUAUUGGAUGGUUUUGUAAUGUCUAUCUAGACUAUUCACUAAACUCAGAACAGUAGCAAAUCAGUUUAAGAAUAAGAUAAAAUAGAUGAUUAAGAAUUUUUCUUCAAUUUAGCUAUAGUCACAUUUUGGCUAUUUUAGCAUUAGUUUUACCAUUUGGAUUUGGAGUUACGCGAAUAAACACGUCUGUUUACAAAUGUAGCACAAAUGUUUCGCUACCACAACUGUAGAAGUGGGUGUUUUUGAAGAAAUGCAAGAAUUGCUGUAAAGAAACCAUUGUGAAGAAUGGAGAAUAAGAAUAAGAUAAUAAAACUGGAUUUGUUUUUACAUUUUAGAAAUGUAAGAUGUUCUUAUGGACCAAUGAAUGAAACUUAUUGGCAAGCACAACCACCAACAAUUAUUUAAAGAAACACUCUCACCCUACUUAUUUAGGUACCCCUCAUACAAACAAUGUCAAAUAAAGUACAAUAUUUUUACUCACCUAUGCCACAUCUUAUGCCACACUGGUCUUAAUGUGGCACAACUCCAUCCCUGGCUGUGAUCAUCAUCACUGAUGAUUUUAACCAAUCCAAUAUUUCCCCAUGAGAAUGCACAGCAUUAACAGUUUUGCACCAAUCAGAAUCUCUUCAUUGAUAUGCAUUAGCUCAAUGCACCUCUAUGGGGAGUGUUCCGUAUCUUCAUGCAGUGUGUGAAGACACUGAUAAUCAGUCCUAUCUGAGUGACAGCUACUAGAUGUGACCUUAAAAUGCAACAUACACACUGCCUUUUUUAGAAAAAGUUUUUUUUUUUUUAUUGCUAAGACUGCAGGGAUAGUCUCUUUGCCCUGGAAUCACUACAUUAAGCUUUUACUGUUUCUGGUUCUUAAAAAUAUUCAUUCAAACAAAACAAUUAAAUGUAUCUCAGCACACCAAUGAUGCCCUUCAAGUUCUGUAUUUUUUUGGAUGGAUAGCAUGUUUCACUUAAAAAUAAGUUUUUAUUAAAAAUGAAGUUGUCUGGGUUCCCAUAGCGUCCCUUUAAAUGGGCGAGACAUUUAACCCCUUAAGUUAAAGUGAUACUAUAGGAACCCAGACAACUUCAUGUUAUUGAAGUGGUGUGGGUGCAGUGUCCCUGUCCCCUUAACCAUGCAAUGUUAAAACUGCAAUGUUCAAAGAAACGGCAAUGCUUACAUAUCAAGGUUAAGACUGCCUCUAGUGGCUGUCUCCUUCAUUCACAUGCACUUUAACUCAGUGAAAUGAUGCUUUGCAUGAGGACACCCAGCAUUUUGGAAAUCUCCAUAGGAAAGCAUGGGGAAGAACUAAUGUGCAUGCGAUACUCCCAUUGCCAUAAUGUCGGAAGAGGUCGCAAUCUCUCACUUAAGAGAAAAAUAGCUUUUAACCCUUUAUUUGCCAGGGGGUUGGGGGGUAGGGAAGGGAACACAGAAACACUAUAGCUUAUAAAUAUAGUUUUGUAUUCCUAACACUAUAGUGUUCCUUUAAUUAUCGAUUAAUGGGGCAUUUAAACAGAUUGAUAUAUUCUAACUGUACAUCUACUUUAUUACAAGAUGCAAAAUAAUUGCAUUCCAAAUCUGGAGAUAUGAAAAUCUCUGGUGCCCAAUAGUUUAGUGCAUCCUGAUGCUGCAGGGACUCUUAUGAUAAAAGAAAAGAUUUGUGAUUACUUCUCCUAAGCAAUUACUAUGCUGUAAGUCAGGCAGAAAUAAGUAUAUACAAUUAAAAAAAAAGUAAAAUAAAAAAAAAAAAGAUACAGACCAACAUUUUUUAUUUUGACUGAGAAAUUAAAUUGUGCCAGAGGCUUAUUGAGCAGUUCAGUUUGUUCUCUAGUUGGUAUGCACUGCUGUCUAUGAGAUGACUAGCCAGAUGAGAAAUUACAGCAUUAUUAAUUAUCUAUACAGUCAUUUGCAUUAGUCACGAGGCAACAAAUAGAUCUUAAUAUAUUUAGCUUUUAGAACUGCGAUUCAUCUCGGACUGUUUUCUGUAGCUUUGCAUGUUGGCAACGACGCCGCAACAGACAUGAAUUUUGUGGCAAGUAGCAAAUGAUCACUUUAAUAAACAUAGUCUAAAAGUAAGUAGAAUAUAAUUAAAAAAAAACACCAGAGUUGGAGAUUCAUUUUGGUCUGAAAUGCAAUUUGUCCGAAUUUGGGCCGAUUGGGUUGGGUGAUCGGUCGAUUCCUGAACUCCGAGAUGAAAUGUACCUGGUCACAGAUUAAAAUAGUCAUGCAAUGUCAGAUGUGUUCAUUUUUAUUUGUGGCUCUGAAUUCUGUAGGUGAUGGCAAAAAAAAUUAAAAAUCAUUGAUGUGAAAAAAAGAUGAUUGAUGGCUAAGGGAAAGUCACUAAUUGAAGUGAACAAUAAAAUAUAUUUGUUCCCGUAAAAUAACGAACCAUUAAUAUAUUACAAUUUUUAACUUAGUUGUAAGAUUCAAAUAGUCCGAGUAUUUCACAACAAAGAGCAGAAGAAUACUGAGAAAGGAAAAGUCAAUAAAUUUGCGCUAUUGUGGGUCCACUUUCAAUCUAGGUUUAACUCAACUUAACCCUGAGCAGGAACCCAGCUUUGUGAGUCCCCUCUAUCAUUAUCCAUUGUACUGUGUCCACUUGUUUAUCUUUGUGUGGACUCUUGAUUGGAUAUGGAUAUGUUGUGCUUCUUAAUGCAAACUGAUUGCUCUCAGUAUUGGGCUGCAGCAGGUAACCUAAUCUACAGUAGCCCCUUGUCUGAUAUCAAGACAAAUGGAAAUUGCUUUGUGUGCCCAGCACUUUCUGCAGACAACCACCAUCUUGGUACUUAUGGGGCCUCCAGAGGAGUGGAUUCAUGUCAACAGAGGCACUUGCCCUGUCGAAUGAUAUAAAACCUUGGUUUUACUUUACUUGCCAGCAGUGCUAGAAUAACUAUAUUUCAAGAUUAUUAGGGUUAGAAUCUGCUAACCUUUGAUCAACAGAUGCCUGGGCAUUGACAGAAAAUAUACUUUGAUUUGUCAGAUUGUGGCACAUACAUAUGGUUUGGUUAUAUUAACCUGCAUACACACUGUGCUAUGAUCUAUCCGUGGUCUCCUAUACUUACUUUGGUGGCAAUCCGGCGCACCUCCGCUUCAGUGUCUCUUGGCACGUGGCUGCUGUGUGCACGCGAGCCGGCGUCAUGACGUUAGUGGCGCUCUAUACACUGGAGUCCAAAGCACACUCACAUUUUGGGGGCGUGGUUACACUAAACACACCUCCAAAUGUAUAAAAACUGACUCAGCCCAAGGCACAGUGCCCUGUUGUGGUUCCUAGGUUUCUAGUGUCUCACAAGUACGUACCGUUGUUUGUGGAAUUUUGGUAUUGACCCGGCUUUGUUCUAAAUACUCUGCUUUUCUGGUUCCCUUGACAUUGCUCUGGCUCUUGUUCUUGUGAUUUCUGACUCCCCUUCACCUUGGCUUGCUCUGACAUUCUUGUUUUCCUUUUAUUUAUUUUUUUCAAUCCGGCCACUAUAAGGACCAGCCUGGGGACCUUUCUCUGUCUCUAUUUCUCUGGAGGAUUUACAUUCUGCGUGUUGGAUUUAACGCUACAAUCUAAUACUGCCAAGUUAAAAAAAAUAAAAAAAAUCAGUGAACAAAUAUUUAUUGGCUACUUUUAAGUGAAAAUUAUUUUGUGACCUAUGUAUACUUCUGACAUAAAAUAACUAUUAUUAAUUAGGAUGGAGAAAGUGCACAUGCCACAAAGCAUGAUAUAACUUUAUGACUUAUUUUCGAUGUAAACAUUAUACUUAGGCUAAGUAACUUUCAAGAUAUAGUUAUUGGUGAACUGGAUUGACUGCAUGGUAUAUUCCAAGUAAACGUUCAAACAAAGAAUUAGCAACCAGUGACACAUACAGUUGCAUUUUUCAAGAUAGCAUCAUAGAGAAGGAGAACUACUAUUAGUCAUACUGGGGGAAGUGCUUCUGUAGGAAUCAAUAUAAACACACAGCAACGUAGACCUGUUUUCGGAUAGUUUCCAAGAAGGGCCACAAACAGCAAAGGGAAUUUAAACAUGACUGAUUUCACUGUGAUUUAUCAGUUACAUAGUUACAUUGCUGAAAAGAGACUUGCGACCAUCAAGUUCAGCCUUCCUCACAUAUGUUUUUGCUGUUGAUCCAAAAGAAGGCAAAAAACCUAGUCUAAAGCGCUUCCAAUUUUGCAACAAACUAUGAAAAAAAUUCCUUCUUGACCCCAAAAUAGCAGUCAGAUGUCUCCUUAGAUCAAGCAGCUAUUCCCCCACUAAUUAGAAAUUAUAUCCCUGUAUGUUAUAUUUUUGUAAGUAUUUAUCCAAUUGCAGUUUAAACAUUUGUAUGGACUCUGAUAAAACCACCUCUUCAGGCAGAGAAUUCCAUAUCCUUAUUGCUCUUACUGUAAAAAAAAAAACAACCUUUUCUUUGCCUUAGAUGAAAUCUCCUUUCUUCCAGCCUAAAUGCGUGACCUCGUGUCCUGUGAAUAGCCCUGUUUAUGAAUAGAUUUUCAGAUAAUGGUUUGUACUGGCCCCGAAUAUAUUUGUAUAUUGUUAUCAUAUCCCCUCUGAGGCGCCAUUUUCCAAACUAAAGAAAUGUAAAUAUUUUUAACCUUUCUUCGUAACUAAAAUGCUCCAUUCCUUUUAUCAAUUUUCUAGCUCGUCUCUGUACUUUUUCUAGUGCCAUGAUAUCCUUCUUUAGAACAGGUGCCCAAAAUUGCACAGCAUAUUCAAGGUGUGAUUUUACCAGCGAUUUAUAAAGAGGCAAAAUUAUAUUUUCAUCCCGAUAAUUUAUGCCCCUAUUUAUACAUGACAAAACCUUACUGGCCUUAGCAACUGCAGAUUGACAUAUUGUUGCCUAAUUUGUUGUCUAUAACAAUUCCCAAAUCCUUCUCGUGUGUGGUUAUCCCUAGUUCACUACUAUUUAGGGUGUAAAUUGCUUGUGCAUUCUUAACCCUGAAGUGCAUAACUUUGCAUUUCUCUACGUUAAAGUUCAUCUGCCAUUUUAGUGCCCAGUCCCCCCAAUCUAUCCAAAUCCCUCUGCAGCAGAGCAAUAUCCUGCUCACAUUUUAUUACUUUACAAAGUUUUGUGUCAUCUGCAAAAACUGAAACAUGGCUUUCAAUGCCUAUUUCAAGAUCAUUUAUAAAUAUGUUAAAUAGAAGUGGUCCCAAAACAGAACCCUGAGGAACACCACUUACCACUUUUGUCCAGUCUGAAAAUGUACCAUUAAUGACAACUCGUUGUACUCUAUCCUUAAGCUAAUGUUCUACCCAAGAACACAAAUAAUCAUCUAGACCUAUUUAUUUUAGUUUGAAGACUAACCUAUUGUGAGGAACCAUAUCAAAUGCCUUGGCAAAAUCCAAGUAGAUCACAUCCACUGCAACACUCUGAUCUAUACUUCUUCGUAGAAUUCAAUUAGGUUAGUUUGACAUGUUUCAUAAAAUCAUGCUGUUUAUUGCUAAUAACAAAGUUCUUCCCAAUGAAUUCCUGAAUAUUAUCUCUUAACCCCUUAAUGACACAUGACGGAAAUAUUCCGUCAUGAUUCCCUUUUAUUCCAGAAGUUGUGUCCUUAAGGGGUUAAUAUCCCUUAAUAGCCCAUCAAAUAUUUUCCCAGUCACAGAAGUUAAGCUCACAGCUCUUUAAUUUCCGGGCAAGGAUUUUGAACCCUUUUUAAAUAUAGGAACGACAUCUGCCUUCCUCCAAUUCUCCGGUACAAUACCUGAAACAAAAGAGUCUUGAAAAUGUAAAUACAGAGGUUCACUUAUUUCCCCACUUAGCUCCUUAAGUACUCGUGGGUGAAUACUGUCAGGCCCCGGAGCUUUAUUUACAUUAAUUUUCUUUAACAGCUGUAGCACCUUGUCUCGAGUCAUCCAAUCACAAGUUAUCUGCAAGUUUUUUGCAGCAAACAUUUGCAUAUCUCUUGCCAUAGGAUCCUCAUUAAUAUAUACUGAAGAAAAAUAGUUAUUUACAAUUUCUGUCUUUUCCUGGUUUUCAUUAGCUAACAGACCCAUCUCUGUUUCCAGUGUCCCUACACUUUCAUUUUUUUUAUUUUUUUUUUAGAAUUGAUGUACUUGAAAAACAUUUUUGGGGUUGGUUUUGCAUUCUUUGGCUAUCAAUUUCUCAUUUUCUAGUUUAGCCACUUUAAUUGCCUUUUUGCAAGCAUUAUUGGCUUCCUUAUAUCUUAUAUAGGAUGCCUCUGAUUUGUCUGAUUUAAAUGCUUUAAAUGCCCUUUUCUUAUUUUUAAUCUCUUGUUUUACUUCUCUACUAAGCCUCAUUGGUUUCAAUUUGUUUCUUUUAUAUUUAUUAUCCAAUGGUACAUUCUAAGAAAUGUACCUUUCUAAUAUUUGUUUGAAUAGUUUCCAUUUAUCCUCAGUGUUUUUUUCACCAAGGAGUUUAUACCCUUUCCCUAUCUUUAUCUGAUAGUUUUCUAUUGCAGGUCUUGACAGUAUUUCUUCAACUUAACAUACAAUAGAGCACAGGCAGGAACAAUGAUAGUGUAUGCAAUAACCAAUUACAAUAUAACAAUUCAAAAUGUAAUUAUUGAAUAAAGAAUUGUAUAUUUUUUAAACACUUUUUCUGAAAAGGUUCUGAACACAUCUUCAGUCUCCAGUAAUUUUCUUUUCUAGGUGCCUAUUUAGUGCCAUAUCUAAUACUACUCCUGGUGAUUGGGAUUCCACUCUUCUUUCUGGAACUUUCUGUUGGACAGAGAAUACGGAGAGGUAGCAUUGGAGUCUGGAAUUACAUUAGCCCCAAAAUGGGAGGAAUUGGAUUUGCAAGUUGUAUUGUAAGUAAUUUUUAUAUUUUUCUCAGAUUCUAAAUGUGUUUGUAUAUAUUCACUGACUGUGAUUUGAUGAAGUGUUCUUAAUAUGUUAUAUUCUUCUCUCCGUGUCCACAUUUGAUUGGUCACUGUUCAGCAUUAACAAGACUAAAGUUGAGCCACUGUAGUUGUUUAAUCUCAUUGAUGUAGUUUUAGUGUCUGAAGUCCCAGCACUGUCCUUUCAUUUAGCGAUAAACCAUUAAAAAAAUAUAUAUUUUUUUGUAAUUACUAUUUGUUUUGCGAUUUUUAAAUGCAGUACAAGGUAUGGGAUUUACUGUGGGAUUUUGCGAGACGCUGGAUGUCCUCAUGCAUAGCUUUAGGGCGAACAGGGUCGCUUUAUGGAGUUAAACAAUGUGAAACAGCAGGAAGCGGCUCUAGUGGCAAUCUGAUAGAGAGCUUCUAGAGUCAGCCUUAACCCUAAAUUGAAAAUAUUGCAGUUUCUCUAAAACUGCAAUAGUUUCAUCUACUGGAUACAGGGGACAGGGAAAGUGCACCCAGACCACUUCAAUGAGAUGAAGUGGUCUGGGUGCCUAUACCGUCCUUUUAUGCUUCUUCAAGUUCCAUUUUGUUUGAUGUUGAGAUAAAAUUAAUUCCCAGAAGUAUUGUGUUGACAUAAUUUCUGAUGCACUAUUGAGGACUUAGAGACCGUAAAUCCUUGAUUAUUAAUUUUCAGUGUUCUUAUAUGCUAAUUUUGCCUUAAAUAUAAUACUUGAAGAGCUGUAUGGAUCUGUUUAUAUUUGUGUUUUACCUAUUUUUAGUAUGUUUAUGUUCUUAGAAUUAGAAAAAGCAAAACAUUUGUCAUUUACAUUUUCUUACAUUAGUCUCUACUUUUUAAUACGGCAAUCGUGAGGUCUGUUUUGUUGAUGUUUCGAAUCGUGGUGAACUGAUGGAGUAAUAGAAGUAAAAUUACAACAUAGUUUCUUUUUGUAUUGCAGGUAUGUUUGUUUGUGGCACUUUACUACAAUGUCAUUAUUGGAUGGAGUUUAUUUUACUUCUCUCAGUCGUUUCAGCAUCCAUUGCCGUGGGAUCAGUGCCCUUUGGCGAAAAAUGCUACUAAUACUUGUGAGACAUGACCACAAACCUUUUUUAUAUUAAACAUUAUUAUUACUACAUUCUGCUCCUUGUCCCUGUGUCAGCAUGGAAUGUCCUGGUUAUUAUGAGCAGCCCUAGAGAGCCCUGCUGUCAUUCAUUGAGUGGUUUAUUCUUAAUUGAAAAUAAUCCUUAAAGCUCUGUCAGUCCUCAACCCCUCCACCUCCCUCCAAAGAAAAAUAGUAUUUCAUAAAGAGAAAUCUUUAUAAAAUACUCACAUUGACUGUUUUGGAAUUUCAGUGACAUUCCAACUCAGUCAAAAGAGACUUGGUAUUUCCUAAGUUUGACAAAGCUUGAAAUAAAGCAACUUCUGUUAAGCUCCAGUGAACACUAGUGAUGGUCACUCCUGUGGUCUCCAUACACAUCAGUGCUCUACUCUUGCAGAGUACAGCAUUGACUUUUUUUUCUGGCAGAUGAAGCUCUGGAACUGAAGAGGAUCCUGCAGAAAAAGAGGGUGGCAGCCAAAAAGGACAGGUUCAAGUAAAUAAAACUCUGCUUUCCCUGCAUCUUGUGGCCACCACUCAGCAAGUGGCAAAGUCACUAUCGAGGGUCUUGGCAAAAUAUGCACAGACCCCAGAGGGUGACAAAGACACUUUAAAGGUGAACUGUCACUUCUGUGAAAGUGAUAGUUGCUCAUUUCCUCAUCCCAAAAAAACAUUAUUGAAGUUUUCACUGGGGUAAGUAAUGCAGGGAGGUAAGUAAAAAAAACACUUACUACCACAGCACUUAUAUGUCUAGGGAAAUGUUAUCAUCUCGUGAUGCUCUGGGUGCAUUUACAUACACUUUUAUUGUGCAGAAAAAUACGACUAUAUAGAUUAAAUUAAUCUGCAUCUUAUGUUUUGGCUGUGCCAGGUCAACCAGACAUACAACGCAAAUUAACAAAAUAUAAUUGGCACAGAACGUAAAAAAUAAAUUACACAUUCCAAUGCUAAUUUUUAUGAGUUUACCCAAAAAUCUCAUCUGACAAUUUUGCUAUCAAAAUCUUUUUACAGUUUCAAAUGUGCCUUUACAUCAACCAUCAAGGGGCUGCCAGGCAACAUUUGGACUCUGGUUGAAUCUUUCAAAAGCCCCAGACACUUUUAAGAUUAUAAUAAGAACGUGAUACUUUUGAUUUUGGCUGAGGAUGAUUAGGGUUGUAAUCCCUCAAAGACUUUGAUGAUGCCUCUCAGUGCCAUUAGUGGAGGUAUAGUUUUGCUUUAAGACCAGAUUUUAAGAACAGCAUAGGCUGCCACUACUCUGAGCAUUAUCUAAAUCUAAAUAAUGUCAAUAUCAAUUUUAAUAUAAGAUAUUGAAGUGACCAAAAGAAAAUAAAUCAGAAAUUUAUUUCAAUACUUACCAUAAUUUCCUUUUCCUGGCUAAUAUCCAUGUCAGCAUGACUUAUGGGUUAAGCUCCUCCCUCAUAGCUGAUAGGAAAGGAAAAUUCAAAAUUAAAUUAACAACAUUAUCUCCUCCCCCUAAAAAAGAAAAUUAUGGUAAGAAUUGAAAACAUCUUCUGUUUUCCUGACUAAUCCAUGUCAGCAUCACCUAUGGGAUUUCCACAGUUUACAUGGAUGGGAAAUGAAAGAAAAUACACAGGAACUGUCACAAAUUAUGAAAAUGUAUUUAUGAGGAACUGUUGAAUGUAAAACACUUCUUCUGAAGGAGGAGGCAGGAGAGGGGGCCACAUUCAGAUGGUUGUGCAUAACAAAAGUGUUAGAUGAUGACCAUUCUGCUGCCUUACAAAUCUCCUCAGUAUAGGUAUGCGCCAAUGAUGCCCAAAAUGCAGAUAUAGUCCUCGUAUAGUGAGCCUUGAUACCUUUCCUUUCCUACUUUUUCAGACUUUCUUGCUGGCUACUAAACAAGAGGUGGCUGCGCUUCUCCUUUCCUCUCGCCCCACCACUUGCCCGCUCGAUCCUGUCCCAUCUCACCUUAUCAGAUUUCACGCCCCUUGUCUUGUGCCUUCCUUAACACACAUCUUCAACUGCUCUCUCUCUUCUGACAUUAUCCCUGCUGACCUUAAACAUGCCACUGUAGUACCUAUCCUGAAAAAAACAUCUCUUGACCCGUCCUCCCCCUCGAACUAUCGUCCCAUAUCCCUAUUUCCUUUUUCCUCAAAGCUCCUGGAUAGACUUGUCUUUACCCGUAUGUCUCACUUCCUCAAUUCCAACUCUCUCCUUGACCCUCUUCAAUCUGGCUUCUACCCUCUCUACUCUACUGAGACUGCUUUUAUCAAAGUCACUAACGACCUAAUCACAGCUAAAUGCAAAGGCCACUACUCCAUACUAAUUAUUCUUGACCUCUCUGAUGCCUUUGACACUGUUGAUCAUGCUCUCCUUCUUCAAACUCUUCAAUCACUCUGUCUCUGUGACUUUGUCCUCUUAUGGUUUUCCUCUUAUCUCUCCCAACGCUCAUUCAGUGUCUCCUUUUCUAAUGAUACCUCCUCGCCUCGUCCUGUCUCGGUUGGAGUCCCCAAGGCUCUCUCUUUGGUCCGCUUCUAUUUUCUCUUUAUACUGCCUCUCUUGGCAAACUUAUAACUAUAUUUGGAUUCCACUACCACCUGUACGCUAUUGACACCCAGGUAUAUCUCUCCUCGCUGGACCUCUCCCCUGCCAUCCUGCAAAGUGUUACUGUUUGCCUUUCUUCCAUCUCUGACUGGAUAACCUCCUGUUUUCUGAAACUCAAUAUCUCUAAAACUGAGCUCAUUGUCUUCCCUCCUCCUAAUACUGAUCCUACUCUUUCAUUCUCCCUUCAUCCUUGCAAGCGCGCUGUUUUGGCGUCAUACUUGAUUCUGGUCUCACCUUUGAGCCUCACAUCCAGUAUGUUGCCAAAUCCUGUAGAUUCCAUCUUAAAAACAUAGCCCGCAUCUGCCCCUUUCUUACGCAAGAUGCUACCAAGGAGCUUGUCCAUGCUAUAGUAAUUUCCUGCAUGGAUUAUUGUAAUCCUCUCCUAAUUGGUCUUCUCAAAAGCCGUAUUGCCUCCCUACAGUCUGUAAUGAAUGCUGCCGCCAGACUGAUUUUCCUCUCUAGUCGGUCCUCUCACAUCUCACCCUUCUGUCAGUCCUUACAUUGGCUUCCUGUAUACUAUAGGAGUCCAUUCAAAGUGCUAACCCAUACCUAUGAAGCACUGAACAAUUCUAGCCCCUCUUAUAUCUCUUCACAGAUGCAUAGGUAUGCCCCUUCUCUGUCUCUCCGCUCUGCCCGUGACCUUCUCCUGUAUGGCCAACUCACACUUGCAGGACUUCUCACGGGCGGCUUCCUUCCUAUGGAAUAGCCUGAGUACCACCAUCAGACUCUACCUUAGUCUUUAAUCAUUUAAAGACUUAAAACUCAUCUCUUUAGGAAAGUUUAUGGCCUCCUAGAGUAACCUCUAUCUCACAUACCUGUCUCUUGCUCUCUCCUAAAUGGCAGCACUCUACUCUCUCCUCAGCUCUGCUUCCCUCUUACCUUAUUUGAUUGCUAUUUUCUGUCCUAAUUUGUUUUAUACCCCACCUCCUACAGACUGUAAGCUAUCGUUCCUGUAGGUUUUCUUGUAAUUGUCCUAUUUAUUGUUAAAUCCCCCCUCUCAUACUAUUGAAAAGUGCUACGGAAUCUGUUGGUGAUAUGUAAAUGGCAAUAAUAAUAAUACCUUCUGUAAUAGGCUUUCAAGCUACCUUGUAAGCCUUCUGAAUAGCAGACAUAAGCCACCUACAGAUAGUGGAGAAUGAGGCCACUUCACACUUGUGAUGUCCAAAAGGAAUGAUGAACAGUAUGCUGGUUUCCUAAUCUCUUUAGUUCUAAACAGAUAAAUACAAAUAGUUCUCACCACAUCUAGGGUAUGCCACAAAGCAUCUUCAUCAGAUGAAAAAAGGAAAGCAAAAAAAAUUCUGAUUAAUAUGGAACUUGGAGGUGACUUUAGGAAGGAAUUCUGGAACUGGAUGAAGGACUACAGUGUCUCCCACAAAUUGUGUAAAUGGAGCAUCCAAGGACAGAACCUGAAUUUCAGAAGCACUGCGAGCAGGUUUAAUGGCAAUAAGAAAGACACAUUUAAUUAGUGAUAGUCACAAAGGCUCACAUUGCACCUUGAGAGAGACUCAAUCAUUUUUCUAGGCCAUUUCGGAAAAAUUCCUAUAAGUCUGAAAUAUCUACAUAUUAUAUUUCCUUAUCCAAAGAAGUAGUUCAAUCACAAUAAGCUUUCCAUAUCUUGUAAUAGACAUCGGAGAUAGAUGGCUUCCUGAAUUUGGGUAUGGUAUACACCACUAUAUCUGAGAGACCUCUAGCUUUAGGGAUUAUUUUUUCGAUCUCCAGGUCCUCAGUUGAAUUAAGAUGGGUUUUCAUGAAAGACUGGACAAAAGUGUCUUCUUGACAGGAAUCUCCCAAAGAUCUUCCUGGGAUAAUCAAAGAAGAAACGGAACCAAGAACUCCUGGGCCAGUAUGGAGGAUGACAAUUCUUUCCACACCCUCCUUUCAGUCUUGCAUAUGUGGUACACUCCAAAAGACAGAGGUCAGCCAUAUUGGAAAUGAUGAUCAUGGAAGUAGGAAGUAGCACUGAGUGCCUGAUAUCCCUAAGGGAACAGGAGCUCCAAAGGAGAACCAAUUACUGCAACAGGAUUUAGAAAGGAAAUGAGAACUCGUACAUGGGAGGAGCACUCUACUGAAUGCCAACAGCCAUCUUAGGACACCCAAGUUGGGGGGACAGGAGCAAAAGACUAAGGGAGCAAUGGGAAGCAACAAUAAUCUAUGUUAACAAAUUACAUAAGUAACAUAAGAAAAGAAUGGCUGAUAAACCUCAUGUAUGCAAUGCAGAAAAUUUACCAUAUCUUCAUUAACUAUCUCUUCAGUUACCAUAGACUACUAUACUAACUGUGACUACUGGGAGCAAAAGGACACUUUACAAAGGUUCCUAAAUUGUUCCUAUGUCUAAGUCACCCUGUACCCAUUAUAGGUUCAGGGUGUUUAUAUUGUGUUUGUAUAUUGUUAAUUGUUUCGUGUGCUCUCCUGUACUACUGAUACUUGUUACCAACUAGUGGAUUUGGCUAUGGAACCUGUAAAGCACCCUCUGUUGGUAGCAACAGCAAUAUUCACUACCUGAAUAGCAAGUCUAGUUAAUUUGCAUAUUCUUGUGGAUUUGCACAUUGCUAAUUCUUCAGGCAGGAGAGCUAUUUUCUGUUCAUUAUUGUCUUCCCCAUACCUUUAUAAAUAUGUCAUUAUGCUAUUAUAAUUCUCUGUAUAUUUUGUGACAUGUUUUGGAUAUUUGAAUUUUAUUAUGUUUGUCACUGCAAUGUAUGUAAUGAACUUAUGGGCUAGUCCCAAGAAAAAUAAAGUACUAUAUGUUAGUUCCAUUUGGAACGGUGUCCUGUGUGAAUUUUUAGGGAUCCCACCCACAGAGUUGUCGUACCUGUUGGCUGGCUGCAUGAUCUCUCGUGCCCUUGGAUAAAUCAAGAGACCCAGGUCUGAGAGCUGCAAGUGCCUUUGUAAAGGCAAUAAAAAUCACAUUGCAGACAGAGGUGUAUACCUGCCUUGAGGAAGGACUGUAGUGGAAUAGGCAUAGGGGACAAUACCUGCCUGGAAGAAAGGCUGCAGUGGAAAAGGCAGAGGGGACCUGGAUGGUGAGCUGCAGCCUGGUUGGGCGUAAAAGCUUCAGAAGGACCCCUGUCAAGCUGCGGCGACUGAGGCAGGAGAGCUUCAGUUUUCCCCGGUUCCACCUGGGAAGGGAUCCUGGGUGGAAGUACACAGCCGGGGUACAGGGAGCUCCACUACAGUAACCUUCGACUGUAUGUGGGAUCUUCUCUAGGGAGAGAGGUUGAACUCUGUAGGGAAGCCAUAGUGGAAAGCUAAUGGCAGGUGAACUAUAGAUUAAAAUUGGUAUGCUGCCUAUCAGCUGAAGGACAUGAACAAAAUACUGCUCUUUAGGGGGAGGAGACUCCUUUUUACAAUAUCCUUAAUUUUAAUAUUCUUGUCCUAUCAGCUAAGAGGGAGCUUAACCAAUAGGUGAUGGAUUAUCCAGGAAACAAGAAUUUGACCAAUUACGGACAGUGACCCUGCUAUCAAUAGUUUGUUACAUAUUCCAAAGGAUCCGUUCUAACCAGUAGUAUCCCUUUAAAGCAGGCAUUACCUGCUAAAUGGGAAUAUGUAAUGAAGUAGGUGUUGUGGUGGAAUCUAUAUUUCUAUAAUGUGUAUAUAUAUACUCAGUGACUAUUCACUGGAAACUUUAAAGACUGUUAUAAAUCAGGACUUUAACAAUUUUAGAGAUGCUGGAACCACAAGGUUUGGUGCCAACAGUUAUAGGACAGUCAAAGUGUCAUAGAUAUCAUGUCCUCCCCAUUGUAUUUUAUGGUCAAACAACAACUAAGCCUGUUGACUGUGUCUGAUUAGUACAUUUUACAUGGCUCUUUUCCCCUUAAAAGGAAACUAUAGUGACAGGAAAACAAACUUGUUUUCCUGGCAGUAUUGCUUCCCCCUCCAUCAAGCCCCCCCCUGUGCUGCAGAAGAGGUUAAAAACCCUUCUGUCACGUACCUGGGUCCAGCGUCAAUGUCCCUCUGUGCUGGCUCGGUUCCACCUUCUCUCCUCCCCCACCGAAGUCAGCCGGCAUGGGAGAUCUAAUGUGAAGUGAAGUGGUCAUGGUGACUGGAGUAACCCUUAAGGAGAGGUUUAGGGUUAGGGUCUGUGUAAAUACAGACACACAUAUGAAUACUAAAACAUACACACAAAAACAUGCAUAGGUACCUGGCUGUUUGUUAAAGGGGAACUGCCAUUUCUCAGAAUUUUUACUUAUGCCCAAUAUUUACCAAACAUGUAUUUAUGAGGUUUGAAAAGUAAAAUGAAAUGUAGAAAUUCACACCUCUUUAUCCUGUACCUGUGUUCAUUUAAUCUUGCCCUUUUUCAGUAACUGUUGCUGCCCCCCCAAUGUGUUCCCUAUUAACGGAUAAUAAGUGGGUUUAGAAAAUUACCCCAUUCUGUAUCGUUAGAGAUUUUACCUUUUAGCUGAAAGCAGAAAGUGGAAUUGUUAGCUAGAAUUUCGCCUUGAAGUGGCAGAUGAGCUUACAGUUUAUUGGCCAUUGGGGUGAUGCUAAAAAUCCUCCAGUUAUGCAAAUAAUGCCAGUUCUAAUUAUAUCAUUAUUAGUUCAUUUAUUUGAACAUCAGCAUAUUAUUAAUGCACAUAUUAAACAUUUGUUCUAAAUGUUCUACACUAGGGGAGAAGCGCUACACUAAGUGGCAAGCUGACAACUGAUAUGCAGUCAAGCUGUAUAAUGUUUGGUCUACACCUCAAGUAUCAAUUCUAAUCUAUUGACUAGUUACAGAAAAUACUCCUAGAAAAUGUAUUUCAUUCUCUAACACUCAUUCUAACAUUCUCUAACAUUUAUUCUCUGACAUUCCUGUAUUGUAGUUGUGGAACCCGAAUGUGAGAAAAGCUCAGCAACUACAUAUUACUGGUAUAGAGAAGCUUUGAAUAUCUCAAACUCAAUUACAGAAGGUGGAGGACUUAAUUGGAAGAUGACUCUUUGUUUACUUGCUGCCUGGAUUUUAGUCUGUCUUGCUAUGAUCAAAGGCAUCCAGUCUUCUGGGAAAGUGAGUAUAUACUCUGAGGUUUUUUCAAUUAAUAUUGAACUGUAAUAAAUUCAAAAUCAAUUUACAAAGGUUAGGCUAAAAGAGCUGAUUUGGAAAAAUUCUCCAACUUGGCUAGAGCCAUAGAUGAACUAUUAUAGACUGACUACGUUUUGUCGUUUGUUUUUCAGUUCACUGAUAUCGUUCUGAUUGACAAACCUGUUUACAACGAACAAAAACGUGGCAUGUAUGGUAUAUUGUCUCCAACAUGGGGUUUUAUUCACCAAACAGCAAUUGUAGCAAUUUAAAAAUUGAAUUGAAACAUUUGGACAAAAAUAGCUGAUUUGGGAAAAUCUUCCAACUUAACUAUAAUCACAGCUUGGGUGUAUUAGACUUUUUUUAGACUAGAUUUGCAAUUCCAAUUGAAAUACACUACAAUUAUCUGCUUAUUGAAUAGACCGCAUGUAAUUGUAAAAAUUUUUUUUAAAGUACAACAUAAAACAACAACAAAGAUCCACUGUUUUUAUGAUACAUCUCUGUGUAUGUGAUAGCACUUUAUGAAUCAAUGGCUGUGUUGAACGGCCUUGUAAGCAAGAUAACGUGCAUUCUCACUUAUCAUAUUUCCAAAAUAAAUGCUUGUGUUAUUUAGAAAUGUAAGCUGUUAAGUAAAUAUACAGAUAGUAAUGGCUCAUAUUAUAGUUCAUUGAUGGCUUACUUUGAGACUGCAGAUAUUGCUUUAAAGGGACACUAUAGGCACCCAGAUCACUUCAGCUCAUUGAAGUGGUCUGGGUGCAGUGUCCCAGGUCCCUUUUAAGAAAUUGCAAUUAGCUUGGUGGGGUAACAACCUCUGAUGCUGGACGUCCUAAUGCUAUGCAUUGCGAUGGGCAUGGGAAUGUCACACAAAACCACAGAGGAAAGCACAGUAUAAUGCUUUCCUAUGGGGAAAUCAUAAUGUGAGCGUGGCUAUUGAGGAGCAAAUGUGGACCUGGGCUGGUGCUGGACUGAGGUAAGUAACAGAAGAGGAUUUUAACCCCUUCUGCAUCCUGGUAGGGGGAGGGCACAAGGGAGGAGGAGGUUAUAGUGCCAGGGAAACAACUUUGUUUUGCUGGCACUAUAGAUUCGCUUUAAGCAGAAAGAAAUGUAGUUCAUCAAUAUUUGCAGAGCUGAAGUUAAUCAACACUGGUGUAAUGAUUGUAUUAUUUACUUUGUCACUUGUCAUUGUCAGGACAAAUGUAAUACUUCAAUAUACUUUAUCAAUGAUUUAAUUUGACCUACUCUGUACAGUAACAAUAAAACAUUUGAUUUCAAAUGCUUGAAACCAUGUUGUUCACUAAUAUCCUAAUUUUUAGUUGUUUAACCCCUUAAGGACACAUGACCUGUGUGACAUGUCAUGAUUCCCUUAUAUUCCAGAAGAUUGGUCCUUAAGGGGUUAAACAUGACUAUAAACACUGCAUGAUACUCAUAAAAAACAUACUACUAAUAAUAUUAAUGAUGUGUGAGGUUACUUUAUGAAAGCUGUUACCAAGAUACAGAACAGAAAUUCAAUUCCUUUAAUUAAGAUAAUGUUUUGGUGGCUGAAGAAGGAUCAGACCUCUAGAUAGUUAAUAAAAGAACAGGGUUUGGAUGUCAAGUUAUAGAGACCUUUGUGAACAGACAGAAAUGGAAAAUAAAGUCAAAAUGAUUUGCUUGUGGAAAACAAAUGAAUGUUCAGGCACAUUACCAUGUUAGUAUCUACAUGAUAUUGUCUUUUAUCCAUAGGUGAUGUACUUCAGUUCUCUAUUUCCAUAUGUCGUCCUUACAUGUUUUCUUGUGAGAGCUUUAUUACUAAAUGGCUCUGUCGAUGGGAUCCGGCACAUGUUCACACCAAAGGUAAACAUAUAAUAACUGUAUGACAAUUGCAACAACUUAGGACCAAAAUUCUUGUUGCCGUGGUGCCUACAGAAAGGCUUACUUAUACAUAUAUUUAAAUAUGAAUUACUUAUAUCCCAUAAUUUCUUAUAAAAAUAAGAAUUUCCUCAUUUUAUAUAGGAUAUGCAGUUUUGGGCAAAACUUUGAUAUGACUUAUUCAGUGGACAGAUAUAUAGAUUAAAGGAACACUAUAGGGUCAGGAACACAAACAUUUCUGACACUAUAGUGUUAAACCACUAUUUAGGUCCUAGGCACCCCCUGCUUUUUACUCACCUUUCCCAUGCUAUGCUGGAAUAACUGUGGUUGGCCUUACCUUGCUCCACCUCCAUGGCUGAGAUCAUCAAACUUGGAAAGCAUUGGGAGGAUAUUGCUCAGAGACAGAAAAAUUGCCUCAUUGUGCCAAUCAGCAACUCCUAAUAGAGAUGCAUUGACACAGAAAGCACCUCUAGUGGCAGUCGAAUGAGUACUACUAGAGGUGUUACUAGACAGUAAUGUAAACAAUGUAUUUUCUUGAAAUAGGCAGUGUUUACAUUAAAAAGCCUACAGGGACACCAGAACCCCUAAAUUAAGCUGUAGUUGUUCUGGUGACUAUAGUGUCCCUUUAAUUCUAUCAUUAAACUUCUCAACUUUAUGACGUACAAUCUCAACUCUGUCUAUUUUUUUGUUCAUGAUAACAUGCCUUCGGGGAAAAACUAAUCGGCGUUAGUAAACAUCAGACUAAUGGUCAAUUGUCCUUCAUUCAAACACAUUGUGUCCUCUAGGGAAAAAUAACAACGUGCUUAACAAUCUAUUUUUGCUAUAUUUAGUCAUUUUAGUUGCGCACUGUGUGUAUAUGCAGCCAAUAGGAACACAACAUCGAUGUAUAUCAAUGAUUCUAAUCAGACUGUAUUUAAUACAUUUGCGUCUGUGUGGAAACAAUAACAGGACACUCCAGGCUGGGGAUGUUCUUUUUUUUUUUUUUUUUUAAACAUACAGAAAUACAUAUGCCCCCCAAAAUAAUAAUAACUAGAAAAGCUACAAUUUCUGGGGAAAUUGUGUGAAGUGUUCUUGCCUCCACCAGUAGUCUACAACUGGAGUGGAUGGAGUAACUGUUAUCAUUUAUAUAACACAUUUAAUUGCAACGUUGUUGCACAGUUACAUUAAACCAUACAUUUAUAAAAACAUUAGCAGGUGUUCAAAAGGCCCUGUCUAUGACAUCACUUGCUGCUGCAGCCUGGCACAGGUUAGAGUAUUUUGGCGGUUGCCAUCUUCAAACGGUCGUAUUUUAAAAACUAUAAAUCCUACAGCAAAGAGCUUUAUAUUGUGAGAAUCACAAGACCCAGACCUACAUUUUGAUGCAUAGUAUGUCUCUGAAGUAUUAAAAUUGAAGGCACAGUCGCAGUUUAGAAAUUGCCCUUCAAGUUUGAGCUGGCUAGAGUGGAGUUUCAAUGAAUGUCAAUGGACGGCGUUAGUUGCAAACAAAUGAUUAUAUUGUGAAAACUAUCAGGACUAUGGCUUAGCCGUUGACAUGUUUAGUGGCAGCAGGGAUAGCUGAACGUUUUGAUAAAAGAUUUGUGUAGGUGGGCCUGAAAAUAAGGGAGUGGUGGCAGUUUAGAAAUCAUGUCCUGAUUUUUCAGCUUUUGCCAGCUCCCACUCUAGUUUUGAACAUUUUGCCAUUCAUUCCUAUGGGACCAAUUUCGCCACAAGAACGACGAUAUUCCGUGAACCAUUCGGCGAAACGUUCCACAAAGUAAUAGCACACCAAUCGGGAACAAUCCGCACGUUUUGGUAUAUUAUGGUCUAUGUAGUGUAAAAACUGUGGGAGGAGUUAGGUUGGUAAAUUUGGCUAAAAUAAGAAUAAGAAUAAUAUAUAUGUGAGAUAACAUUAAGUGGUCUUGCUAUGCAAGAACACUUAAUAAUAAAAAAAAAUACAAAAUAAAGAGGUGCUUUAUAUGCAUAGUAAACUUGUCUGGGAGUUGUAGAAAAGCAGCUGAUUAACUCCACUUUCCAGGCAAAAAAAAAAAAAAAAAGAAAAUAUGGAAAAACGUAACCAGCAAAAGUAGCUGUAUGCUAUCUUCCACAUUGCACAAAAAAAUGCCCAUGUGCCGGGACUUCCAAUAUAAUAAUAUAAACCUAUUCAGUAUAACUAACUGUAACCUUAUUUACAUAUUGCACCUAAUUCUUCUCUAAUUACAGCUAAUGGAAUAGUAAUAAUGCUAACAGGGGUCUAUCCAAGGUAUCUUCUUACAAAGAAAUACACUGGAAUCUCAGUUUUGGUCCUUGAUAAAUCUAACAGUUCAUCUCUAUGAUAUGUGCUAAGAAUGAUUCAUCUCUACGAUAUGUGCUAAGAAUGAUGUACCAGAUUGUUCGCAGGCCUGACAUUAAGUAGGCGAUUAUGGUGAAUUGGAAUCCAUAUUGGAGAUUUCAAGCUUAACUUAUUUUGGUAUCAAACCCAUACACUGUAUUAUAUUUUCUUUUUUUAUGAAAAAAAAGAAACUCUUCAAUCGCUCGGUCUCUGUGACUCUGUCCUCUCUUGGUUUCCUUCUAUCUCUCCCAACGCUCGUUCAGUGUCUCCUUUUCCAAGGAUACCUCCUCCCCUCAUCCUGUCUCGGUUGGAGUUCCCCAAGGCUCUAUCCUUGGGCCCCUUCUAUUUUCUCUUUAUACUGCCUCUCUUGGUAAACUUAUUGUCUCUUUUGGAUUCGACUACCACCUGUAUGCUGAUGACUCUCAGAUAUACCUCUCCUCCCCAGACCUCUCCCCUGCCAUCCUGCAAGGUGUGUCACUGCUUGCCUUUCUUCCAUCUCUGAGUGGAUGACCUCACGCUUUCUGAAACUCAAUCUCUCUAAAACUGAACUCCUUGUCUUUCCUCCUCCUAAAACUGAUCCUCCUCUCUCGCUCUCCCUUCAAGUCAGUGAUAUCCACAUAAGUACAUCCCUGCAAGCGCGCUGACUUGGUGUCAUACUUGACUCUGGUCUCAUCUUUGAUUCUCACACUUUUAAAAACAUAGCCCGCAUCCACCCCUUUCUUACACAAGAUGCUACCAAGGAGCUUGUCCAUGCUCUAGUAAUUUCCUGCAUGGAUUACUGUAACCCUCUACUGAUUGGUCUCCCCAAAAUCCAUAUUGCCCCACUACAGUCUGUAAUGAAUGCUGCAGCUAGACUGAUUUUCCUCUCUAGUCGGUCCUCUCACACCUCACCUCUCUGCCAGUCCUUACAUUGGCUCCCAUUAUCCUAUAGGAGUCAAUUCAAAGUGCUAACCCAUACAUUUAACCCCUUAAGGACCAAGCUUCUGGAAUAAAAUGGAAUCAUGACAUGUCAGACAUGUCAUGUGUCCUUAAGGGGUUAAAGCACUGAACAAUUCUAGCCCCUCUUAUAUCUCUUCACUGAUCCAUAGGUAUGCCUCUCCUUGUUCCCACCUCCUGACCGCUGCUCGCACCCGUACGGCCAACUCGCGCUUGCAAGACCUCUCACGGACGGCUCCUUUCCUAUGGAAUAGCCUGCCUACUGCCAUCAGACUCUCCCCUAGUCUUCAAUAAUUUAAGAAGGGCCUUAAACCCAUCUCUUUAGGAAAGCUUGUGGCCUCCCAGAGUAAUCUCUACCUUACAUACCUGUCUCUUGCUCUCUCCUAUAGGACAGUGCUUUACUCUCUCCUCCAGCUCUGCUUCACUCCCACCCUAUUUGAUAUUUCCUGUCCUAACGUUUCUAAUACCCCACCUCCUAUAGUCUGUAAACUCAUUUGAGCAGGGUCCUCUUCAACCUAUUGUUCCUGUAAGUUUUCUAGUAAUUGUCCUAUUUAUAGUUACAUCCCCCCUCUCAUAAUAUUGUAAAGCGCUACAGAAUCUGUUGGUGCUAUAUAAAUGGCAAUAAUAAUAAUAAAUAUAAUCUUUAUUUUUAAAUUGCCACGCUAAACCACUUUAUUGCACCAUUAAACUGAAUAUAUGAAGAAAAUGUAAUAGCAGACAAGCCUGAUUAAGUCGCAUGUUUUGUGCACCAAAUUUCUUAGGUGGCUUAUAGCAUCUUCGUGGAAAAUGGCAUUUUACAAAGUUCUUAUGAGGGUAAUAUGCUCAAAAAAAUCCAUUUAAUGUUAAGCUAAAAAAUUGCUGCUUUUUUGUGACUGAGCUAUGGAUUCAAGUGCCACCUAGUGUUCGGUAUUGAAAGAUGCGAUUAGAAUAAAAUUCACAAAUGGGUGCUUAGUCAAUAAAGCCAAAUUUAAAUCUAACUGGCAAAAUUGAGGCUAAAAAAAAGCAAAAACCAAUUGCAAAUAUAGCAAAGUUUGAAAAUGUUUCCAGAAUAGCUGUUUUUGCCUACAAUAUGCAAUUUGGAUUUGAAGUUACCGCAAUUUGUACCUUAAUGAAUAUUCAGCCAUUACACUUCAUUUAUGAAUCUUUCAAAUUGGAACAACCAAUUGAGGUUGUCGCUUGCAUAUCACUUUUAUGUUCUGUACAGUUCAUUCGGUAACUCUCUUUAUCAGUAAUUACUUUAUAAUCUUGACAUUACACAUUUUUCUAAAUCAUAUACUAAUAUUUAACAUAAUCAUAAUGGAAUUAUAAUAAUGUCUCAUAAUGGCACACCUGUGCAAUAAUCAUGCUGUCUAAUCAGCAUCUUGAUAUGCCACACCUGUGAGGUUGAUGGAUUAUCUCGGCAAAGGAGAAGUGCUCACUAACACAGAUUUAGACAGAUUUGUGAACAAUAUUUGAGAGAAAUAGGCCUUUUGUGUACAUAGAAAAAGCUUAUGAAAAAUGGGGGGCAAAAACAAUAGGGUUGCGUGUAUAAUUUUUUUCAGUGUAAAUGUACUUGUCUGUCCAACGAAUAAAUAAGUGCCAAAAUAUUAGAUCAGUAGCUGGUUAUUUUGUUUUCAAAGUAAAAUUUUAUAAAUGGAAAUGUUAUUUUUGGCAUUCAUCGAAAAUUCUAAAGGGUAUUAGAAAAUGUUCCUAGUUUCGUUUCCCUAGGUCUAUUCAUGUGAAAUGCUGGCAGGUAAGUUAGGGGGAAUUUAGGUAUUUAUUGCUACCUACUAAAUUACAGGUACAACCCAUUCUAUGUGCGAAAGCUUCUACCUUUAGAUACCUGGAAAGGACAAACAAAUAAACCAUUAAGCACAGUGAACCUUAAACAUGUAUAGAAUAUUAUGUAAAUUGUUCUGCUUUCCUUCAGUCUCUGUGUUUUUUGUGUUAUCUCCUUAGCCCUAAAUACUCCCUAAACAUGCACAACUUUUAAAUUAAUCAGUCAGUGCUAGAUGCGCUGAAACAUAAACACAUAGAUAUAUAGUGGAUAAAAUGACUCUGGAUGGACCUCAGGAGCCACAGACUUGUAAAUGGUCUUUAAGAAACUGAAUUGGUGGCAGAACUCCCUAGUCACCAAUCAUGAUGCAGAGACCCUCACCCUAAAAAAAUGAGGAUAUAAAUUCGUAGAGAUGUAUGUAUUUUACAUGACAGUACAUGUUCAAUUACAUGUAAGAUAUACAUUUAUUACAUUUAAAGGGCUUGAAUUAUCACUGUCACUUUAUUGUUAUUAAAAAUAGCUAUUUUGUUUCUUUGCAAACAGCUUGAGAUCAUGCUGGAGCCCAAGGUAUGGAGAGAAGCUGCCACCCAGGUGUUCUUUGCAUUGGGAUUGGGAUUUGGAGGAGUCAUCGCUUUUUCAAGCUACAACAAACGAGAUAACAACUGUCAUUUUGAUGCUGUCUUGGUGUCAUUAAUCAACUUUUUCACCUCUGUCUUGGCUACGUUGGUAGUGUUUGCAGUAUUGGGAUUUAAAGCAAAUAUUAUGAAUGAGAGCUGCAUAACUCAGUAAGAUUGAGCCUUCCUUUAUUUCUAUCUGCGAUAUUCCUAAUCACUAAAAGGGGACGAUGGGUUAAUAUAUGUUCUUUUUUACAGGAACACUGGGAAGAUUGUUAAACUUUUGGAAUUAGGAAAUGUGAGCAGAGAUAUAAUCCCCCAUCAUAUCAAUUUCACAAGAAUCACAGCAAUGGACUACCAGCUAGUGUAUGAUAUCAUCAAGAAGGUAAAAGAAGAAGAAUUUGAUCAACUUGGACUCUCUGCUUGCCAGAUUGAAGAUGAACUUAACAAAGUAAGUUUUAUCUUUUGUUGUGAUAUUUAUUAAUGUUCAUAUUAUGUUACUAUGUUGCAUAAUGCAAAGUAGUGCCCAUGCUGUGAUGUAGUCUUUAAAUGGCAGGGUUAUUCAGUAAAAUGUGAAUUAUAGUGAAUUUGAAUGGAUUCCAAGUGAAUUGGAGGCACACAGAGAACAUGCUUUUUUUAAAGCAGUGGUGCUGCCGUAAAGACCAAAACAUUUACAAAAUACAGUUAAAGGAACAACGCACACACAAACAAAAAUACAGCUUAACAUUUAACAAGGCUACUUAAUAUCACCUAUCUUAGCAAUUAAAUAUGGGGAUUCAGUUCCACCAUGUAGCCAUAUCGUGUGAAGCCCAUCACUAGGUCACAUUACCCCAAUAUCGGUGGGUCCUACACUAAUUUUAACAGGGGAGAUUUACAUGCUAACUUGCAAUAAUUACUUGCAGUAUAAACUGCUUCAAGAGACUCCUCAAUUUAAGCUUUCCUGUGGUCACCUCCAAAGGAGCUCCCAAAAAAAGAGGAUUAAUGGGAAAAAAGAUGAUUCAUAGCUAGAGGAGAGCCAAUAAAUGUUGAUUUUAUUCAUAGGUCUAGUGAGAAGUGACCAACAGAGAGAGGGAAAUAAGAAGGAGCAGUAAAAAAAAAAUCUAUAUUAAUAUAUAUUAUAUAUUUAAUAAACAUAUAAUACAUUAAUAUAGAAUUUCUUGCACUGCUCUUCCUCCUUUUAACUCUAUUAGUUACUUCUUCUCACUUGAUCUGUGAACCACAUGGAGUGAAAAUGAGCCUAUCAGUGUACUGCAAAAUACGUAAAUAUAUAAUAUACUAUAUAAUACUUACAUUUUGCGGUACACUUAUUAGCCCAUUUUUGCCCAUUUUUGGAAUAUCCAAUCUUUUUUCCUGAAUCGAUUGCAUAAAUUCAAUUUGUCCAUACCAACAUACCAUGUAACAAAACUUCAGACCCCCAAAGUAAAUUAUUAUUAUUAUAUUUCAGAUAAAUCACUUUAUUUCACUGUGCACAAACCUAAUGUUUUAAUUAUUGCAACCUUUCAACUAUAUGUUAUUCAUAAAGCUGUCUAAUCCAUUUGAUUUAUGUUGGAAAGUGGCACAUUUUGCAUCACUGUUUCCCAAAGAAAUUUUGAUUAUAUAUGUAGUAGACUUCCAUGUAUCCUGGCUGGAUACCUCCACCAUGGAUCUCUUCUUAGCUAGAAUCGGGGAAAACCUCAGCACUUCUGUCCCAGUCGCCUUGUUUUUACUGGGGUCCGUCUGGAGCCUCUUCGUGCUGGAGCAGGAUAGGGGACUAGCUCUAUUAUCUCCCAGGGACUGGACACUACACAAUCCUGGGAGCUAUAGUCCUUACAAGGACUUUUUCCGCUAAAUUCUCCACAAGCUGGAACAAAGUGCUGAGCAGUGAAUAGCCCUUUCCCCUCCCAGUAACUAGACGACACAUAGUUAUGGGUGUAAAACUGAUUUUAAUGAGCCAGACUCAUUGCCUUUUAUGCACAUACCUCAGGGGAUCUCCAAACAAUACAAUACAAGACCCUCCCAGGAAUCUCUGGGCAUAAGAGAUAAUUGAGUCAAAGACUGGUAAACUAAUUAUUUCCCAGGAACAGAGAGCCAAACAUUAAAACAUAAAAGUACUCCAAAACAUCAUAAAACAUAUAUUAAGUCCACAUGUCCUACAUCCCUAAACAGCCCUGAUCUGAGUGCCCAAGUUGUCCAAAUAGUGCUAAGAUCCAUGUAGUGUAGGGAUAUCGCCACUGUGGCAAAGUUCUGACCAGUCGCACACAUGGUCCUAUGCCCAAAAUAGUUCCAGAGCAUUUUGUGCCUUUGCCAGGCAACUUUUGGGAGCUCCUGCGGCUGAAAUACGGGGUGCACCACCUGGCUUUCAGCAUUUGUUCCCCUUAGUCUCAGACACCUUCCCUCUAAAAAUUGCUCUCUUGUGGUUCAAAACCCUGGACAAAGUUGUCCAGGGACCGCAAGGUCACCUAGCCAAAAACAGUUCCAAAUCGGUUGCGACUAAGUACCGCUGAGGACCGUUCGUGGAUUUGUAAAUGUGAACGGCUGCCAGGGAGCUAGCAUUUGGUUUAAUUUGAAUGAAGGGAAAGUGCCAAACCAAGGGCACCGCUGGAAAGCUGCUAAUGACAGCUGAGCAGGGUAACUCCUCAGCGGGGUCUCAGACCUGGACCAUAGUCGGUCAGCAGGAGGCCAGCUUCCACACUCCUACAGGCGUUCAUGGCAAACGUUUGUAAAAGACGUUUGCCAUGAAAAGAGCUUUUGUCACAAUAUAGUAAUAAUCACAUUAUAAAAUUUUGUAUUCAAUAUCCAUUGUUGUCUAUAUACAAGCUUUUGAUAUGAAAUAAAUGUUGUUUUUUUAAUUUAAUGACACAUUAUGUUUUUAAUCUAUGUUUUAAAAGUGCAUUGUACCCUUGUCCAUACUUUUUUCACAGUCUGUCCAGGGGACUGGUCUGGCUUUCAUUGCUUUCACAGAAGCUAUGACACAUUUCCCUGCUGCACCUUUUUGGUCAGUGAUGUUCUUUCUCAUGUUGGUAAAUUUGGGCCUUGGAAGUAUGUUUGGAACCAUCGAAGGAAUUACCACCCCUAUUGUUGAUACGUUUAAAGUGCGGAAAGAAUAUCUUACUGGUAUGCCAUUACUUUAUCUAUUCCUAAGUAUUUAUUAUGAGGUUUGUUCACUAAAAUAUAAUCCACAAGAUGUUAUCACACACACUGACAACACUUUAUGUAUUUUAAAACACAAUUUCUUGUUUUCCUUAGCCAGCUGCUUAGCUAGAUAUGAUUCAGUGGUUAGUAAAAUUCACAAGUAGUGUAUUAGAAUGUUAUUUGUUGUGAGUUACACUCACAUCUGUAAUUUCUCUUUGACAGUAAGUAGUAUAUUUCAUAUAAACGUGUCUGUUGACGUGACUAAAUGAAGUAGCAGUGCUAAAUGCAAUGAUACUGGCAUCUUAUUUUAAUCCCCGUUGCUACAAGUUAAUUUCAAUUUCAAAUUGCCAGAUAUAUACUGAGAUACAAUACUGUCUACAAAAAAAAAAAUAUAUAAACGACUUUGCAAACGCAGAUAGACAGAUAACUAUAUAGAUCCAGCAACUGAUAGAUACAUAGACAGAUAUAUAGAUAGAUAUAUAGAUAGAUACACUGAACAAAAUUAUAAACACAACACUUUUGUUUUUGCUCCCAUUUUUCAUGAGCUGAACUCAAAGAUCUAAGACUUUUUCUAUGUACACGAAAGGUCUAUUUCUCUCAAAUAUUGUUCACAAAUCUGUCUAAAUCUGUGUUAGUGAGCACUUCUCCUUUGCUGAGAUAAUCCAUCCACCUCAUAAUCCAUCCACCUGGCCACAAUAAAAGGCUUCUCUAAAAUGUGCAGUUUUAUCAUACAGCUCAAUGCCACAGAUGUCACAAGUUUUGAGGGAGCGUGCAUUCGGCAUGCUGACUGCAGGAAUGUCCACCAGAGCUGUUGUCCGUGAAUUGAAUGUUCAUUUCUCUACCAUAAGCCAUCUCCAAAGGCGUUGCUGAGAAUUUGGCAGUACAUCCAACCAGCCUCACAACAGCAGACCACGUGUAACCGUACCAGCCCAUGACCUCCACAUCCAGCAUCUUCACCUCCAAGAUCUUCUGAGACCAGAUACCCGGAUAGCUGCUGCAACAAUCGGUUUGCUUAACCAAAGAAUUUCUGCACAAACUGUCAGAAACCGUCUCAGAGAAGCUCAUCUGCAUGAGAUACCAUGACAAGAUUCUGAGGCCCAUUGUUGUGCCAUUCAUCCACGACCAUCACCUCAUAUUGCAGCAUGAUAAUGCAUGACCCUCUGUUGCAAGGAUCUGUACACAAUUCCUGAAAGCUGAAAACAUCCCAGUUCUUGCAUGGCCAGCAUACUCACUGGACAUGUCACCCAUUGAGCAUGUUUGGGAUGCUCUGGAUCGGCGUAUACAACAGCGUGUUCCAGGUCCUGCCAAUAUCCAGCAACUUCGCACAGCCAUUGAAGAGGAGUGGACCAACAUUCCAAAGGCCACAAUCAACAACCUGAUUAACUCUAUGCGAAGGAAAUGUGUUGUAUUGCGUGAGGCAAAUGGUGGUCACACCAAAUACUGACUGGUUUUCGGACCCCCCCGGAACUCCACCAAUACAGUAAAACUGCACAUUUUAGAGUGACCUUUUAUUGUGGCCAGUCUAAGGCACACCUUUGCAAUAAUCAUGCUGUCUAAUCAGCAUCUUGAUAUCCCACACAUGUGGGGUGGAUGGAUUAUCUCAGAGAAGUUCUCACUAACACAUAUUUAGACAGAUUUGUAAAAAGUCUUAGAUCUUUGAGUUCAGCUCAUGGAAAAUGGGGGUAAAACCAAAAGUGUUGCGUUUAUAAUUAUGUUCAGUGUAUAUAGAUAUAUAUAUAGAUUUUUUUUUAAAUAAGCUAUUUUAACCUAAUUUUUGCUUUUCAUAUUUAAUCCACCACUAUUCACUGUUUGGGAAAUUAAUCCUUGUAUAUUUUUUAUUAGCUGUAUGCAAUUGCAAACACAGUGCCCUCUCAUGAAAAAAGAAAAACCCCUUUAAUUAAAACCUCCAGUGAGUUUUAUUAUGUGGGUGAAACAUACACUGUGUAUGCACAGCAAACCCAUGACUUUCUCUACUGAAAGGAACAAAGGGUGCACACAUGUGUUGUAAUGGCCAUAUUGUAGUCUUGCUAGAGAUAAGGAUUCGAAAUGACAGUAAUGUCAGAGUGAAGAAAAUUAAAGAUGAAAAUAUAUUUAUGCAAUCUGGAAUGUCUAUGUCAAGAUAGCUUAAAAUAUGGUGACAUUUGCACCAAAACCAAUUUGAGAUUAUAUACAUUUAUGCACUUAACAAACUUCUGUUAGUUAUUCAGAAUACAAAAUUUGCAAAAUUAAUUUGUUUAUUUUGCUCAAAAUGUCAUGCCACUAGUAGAAAUGGGUUAUUCAGCAUUAUGUAUUCCAGUGUAACAAUAAUAAAAAUAAUGUCACUAAUUUUAUUUUUCUCUCUUUUUCUUUCCAUGUCCUUUUAAGUUGGAUGUUGUCUUAUGGCAUUCUGCAUUGGCUUACUCUUUGUACAGCGCUCAGGAAACUACUUUGUUACCAUGUUUGAUGAUUAUUCAGCCACAUUACCUCUUCUCGUCAUUGUUAUUUUAGAAAACGUUACUAUUGCCUGGAUAUAUGGGAUAGACAAGUAAGUAAAAAAAAAAAUGUAAAAAAAUCAUUUUCCAAAGUGUGAAAUAAGUAAGACUUUUUAUAUCACUUUAUUGUUUGUACAUACAUUUUUCAGCAUAAAUAAUGACAUUUAUAACUUAAAACAUAAGCCAGAGAUGCAUGUGAACGAUAUGCAACAUUCUAUUUAAUGUAAAAAAAAAAACCUAGCAGAUAAAUAGGACAUAUAAUAAUUUGUUCUCUUAUAUUGAACUCAAAAGGAGCACAGCAGAAAACAAGUUUAGUCUUAUGGUAUUAAAUAUAUAAUACAGGAAAUAGUAUGGAUUUAACAGCUAGCUCAUCAUGGUAAACAAAAAAACAAAGAGGAGUAGAUAAGCGCUAGAUAACUGAAUAAAGAGAAAGGAUAGCAGUUCACCUGAAAGUAGGGGGCUCCCUCAAACCUCUAAUUGACAGAUAUACAAAAAUAGCAAACAGCUAGCACUAAAAAUAAUAAUAGAAAAAUAAUAAUUCAAUAAGUGGUAGUUGCCACGGGGGGAGGUCCAGAGACCGGGGCCCCUGUAUGCCUGAUGAUGAAGAUAGGAGUCACAGCAUGGAAAUGAACUAUCAGGGCCUGGUGCAGGGUAACCAGAUGCUAGAUGAUAAUAUGCAGACCUCCCAGGAUCUGGAUAGGGAGGCUCUGCAGCAUAAAUGUAUCCAGUACUAGAAACAAGGCAAGACUAGAACAGGCACCAAACAAGAUAACAAGACAAGACUAGAAGAACCCAGAACCAGAGCAGGAAAGAAAGCAGAACCCAGAAUAUGUACACAAGACAUGAGGGAAACAAGAACAGAACAUGGACAGUACAGGACUGUACAUGAACUGGGAAUACAAGACAAAACAAAACAAAACAAGACAAGAGAUACAAGGCAAAACAAGAGGAGAAAUAACCAAGUACUAUAUAUGUAUUUAACAUUGGAGAUUUAGACAUACAUAAAUGGCGAAGAUGCAUGCAGCCCACUACUGCACCAAAGUACUCCAAUUACGGUGGGUCCUAACUGCCUAGAUAUACAGGACUAAAAGUACAAUAAUAAAACACACACAGUACUUACCUGCAAGGAAAGGAGCAGAGGAAAUGAAACCACUGCCUGCAGGAACAGACUGAAACAAAAUGGACUAAUGGCAAAGGAACAGGUGUGGCAACAAAAAACAAACAUUUAAAGGAAUCCAAGAGACUGGGAAUUUCAGGAACGGAAUAAAGGAAUUAACCCAGAAAACACAGCAUAAAGAAAACCAGACAUAGAAUAGAAAACCAGAAAAAACAAGAAAAACUAAACAACAAUUGUAAAAAGAGUACUGGAUACCAGAAGCCAUUGCCAGAAAAGAUCUGCAGCCAGGAACAGGAUGUGACAGUAGUAAUAAUUUAUAGUAAUAAUAAAUAACUUACAGUAAUAAAGAUAAAUGUUGAGAGCAGUACUAUGUACUAAUGAUAAUAUCAAGUCCCAAGUAUAAAGUCUUUCUUGGCAGGAGACGUCGGCAAAGCUUCUUGCUUUAAUUUGUAGAGGUAUAUGCGCAUAAAAGAAGCAACGACACAGAUAUAUUUCAACAUUGUAGUAUGUCAAAUGAGGCAUAAACAACACACAAUUGUUAGAUGCUGGAUAAUAUUAGAUACUGGUAAACACCAAAUGGAUAUUGAAUUAACACAAAUCAGAACUAGCUUAAUAACGGAGGUAUCCUUGACAAUGCUCAACCGAUUUAAAUUUUAAAUAUUCUUUCUGUACUAACAAUAGCUUAUAAUUGAGAACUACUUCUGUUUUCUAUUUUAGGUUCAUGGAUGAUUUAAGAGAUAUGCUUGGAUUUACACCUUACAAAUACUAUUACUAUAUGUGGAAAUAUGUCUCUCCACUUUUGUUAAGUAUUUUGCUUAUAGCAAGUGUGGUUCAAAUGGGAUUCACUCCGCCAGGUUACUAUGCAUGGAUUGCGGAAAAAGUGAGUAUUUUGCUAAUGUAUUUUUACCUCAAUGUUGUCAAUAGACCAGGAAUUCUGGAGAAGACACUAGGUAAUGUUAAUGCUUCCAGAACUGGUGAACUGGGAAUCAGAAUACAUGGAAUAUAAUUAUUGCUUUACUAAGAGAAAUUAAAAAAAUGUAUCUUCUUGAAACAUAACCCUCUAAGCCCGUACAAUUUUACAUCUGAACUAUUUAUGACCAAAUUUUCACCCAAGUUACUGUUAUUGAUGUUAGAAUUAUUUUUUUGUUCUGCUGGAAAUCUAUUCUCCACUUUGCAGUAUGAGCUGUGUGAUGAAAGGUGACAAUUUUAACUUAUUUUGGAAUAAACAUGUAGAACUCCAAUUCCAAUAUACAUCUUGCAUGAAAAAUAUUAGCUGGUUUUCCGAGUAAGCAGAAUUCUCAAUUUUGAUGAAAAUAUGUGAUCUUAAUUGUUCCUGAUUAAUUUCUUAAUUAGAGUCUUAUUUUAAUCCAGAGUAUACAAACUUAAUGUCCUCAUCUUAAUAGUGUAAAACAGUUUAUUUUCCAUUAUUGUAAUAUACAGUAUAUGUUUUGCUUUCAAAGUUAUUUAAAGAAAACAUCUUCAAAAAAAGACUAUUCUCAUUUCAUCCACAGAACCUGAAAAGGUACAGUGGAGAUCAGAUAGUGUUUUACAUCCAUGCCAAUGUUAUUAGUUGUUUGAAUACAAAUAUAUCUAACAUAUUAGGGAGCUUAAUACAAUAUUCAGACAUGAGUCUUCACAAUUUACUUAUUUUAGAGAUUUUAUAUGUCCUAUGUCUUUUUUUUUUUUUAGGCCAGUGAAGAACGUCUUAGUUAUCCACCAUGGGGUCUUGCCGUCUGCAUAUCACUUAUAAUCUUUGCAUUAUUGCCAGUACCCUUAGUUUUUAUUGUCCGUUAUUUCAACCUCAUCGAUGAGAGCAGUGGCAGUCUGGCUUCAGUGUCUUAUAAGAGAGGGCGGAUCAUCAAGGAAAUUUCCAAUCCAGAAGAAGAUGACGCCAGUUUAAUCCAUGAUAAGAUCCAGAGUGAGAUGCCUUCUCCUAACAUCGGGAAUAGUAUUUACAGAAAGCAAAGUGGAUCUCCAACGUUAAAAGUGGACACAGCUCCCAAUGGACGUUAUGGCAUUGGGUAUUUAAUGGCAGACAUGCCAGACAUGCCUGAAUCAGACUUGUAG